AUGCAACGAUUCACGAGCUUGCCGGUGUACCUCCCUGUGAGUUACCACAUCUCCAACACCGACGUUUCCUUUUUCCUAAAAGAAACCAACCAGGAUAUCAUGAGGAAUGCUAGCUUGCAGUCUCGAGUGGAGUCUUUCCUUGUCUACAAAGCCACCAGCUUGCCGGUGUUAAAUGUGACAUACGGCCCAUUUACUGUGGAGCAAACGGUGCCUCCAAACCUCCUGCUGACAUCCACUCUGUUCAGUUUUGCCAACGAGGUCGCUUUUAACUGGAAGCUAAGAUCACGUGUUAUUGACAGCUCCAUCUAUCCCAUUAGGCCCAAAGUCCAGGCUUUGUUCUACAUCGCUGGCAGAGACUGGGAAGACUAUGAACCAUCGGAGAUCCUGCCCUGCGUGAGGAUGAUGGCCUUCCAGGAGGAUAGAGUAGCUGUUGGCAGUUGUCGGUUGAAAGGUCAGCUGGGAUUGUGCGUUGCAGAGCUGGAGUUCUCGCCAAGCUGGUUCAACUCUGCAUUUACGUCUCUGCCGCCACCAUUGGCCCCAGAGUAUCAACCGAUGGCGGACUCUUUGGAAGGGAUCACCGUGGAGCUUUUCUAUUGGGUGUAUGCAGAGGAAGGUGAAUGCUCUUCAGAGGACCAGAAACUUGAAAGCUUUCAUCAUCUGGAAGGGCAAGAGGAAGCACAGAUGCCUUUGGCAUCAAUGGAGAGGAUUGGCAGUGUUAUUCUUUACCCAACGCAAGACCGGCUAAAGAAGUCCCUGCUGAAUCUUGACGAUAACCUUGUGCUUUCUUUACCACUCAGUCCUGUCAAGGAAGGUGACCUUGUCAUGUUUCAUGUAUCCCUUGCCAGCGGGUCUCUAGCAGAUCAGUUUACACUAAGGUAAGUGUUGUGGUUUUUAAAAAGGUUUUUCUCCCCUCAAAAGAUAUGUAUGUGCUGUCAUAAAUCAACAGAGCAGAACCCACUUGGGUUGGCUGGCUCAUCCUUUGUAUCAUCAAACACAGAGCUGGUCAGAAGGUAGGCUGUUGAGCCCUAAUUCAUUUCUGCAGCAAAAUCCAGGUGUGUUACAUGCUGGAAGGAGAAGACUCUGCUUCUGCUGUAGGUUUUUAGCACAGUGUCUUCGUCAUCUUCCUGAAAGCUAACUGUGGAUGUGUAAUGUGUAUGCACACAGGGGUCCACAUAGAUAGACUGUAUGCCAAAUUCAUGGAGGAGAAGACUGCUGAGGGUUACUGACCAUGACGGCUGUGAUCUGCCUCCACAGUUGGAGGCAGUGAUGCUUCUGAAUGCUAGUUGCUGGAAGACACGGGAGGGGAGAGGGCCACAGUUCUCAGGUCCUACCUUGCAGGUUUCCCACUCACAGGCAUCUGUGAGAGCAGGAAGCUUGGUCCAGCAGGCGGUUCAGGCUGUUCUUAUGCUCUUGCAGGUUCUGCACCCUAGUUUUAAAGCUUACAUGGCUGCCAAUUAUUUACCGAGCUAACUUCAAGGUGUUGGUUCUGGUGCACAAAAGCCCUACACAGCUUGGGACCAAGAUGUCUUGAAAUGUUGUCUCACCCCUUGUGUAUACUGUUGAUCACUGCACUCUGCAGAAGAGGGCCUCCUGCAGGUACCAGCUUCUUGGAGGUCUGCCCUUCUGAUACAGGAAUUGGGCUUUUAAGUGUGGUGGUGCUGGCCAUUUGGAAGCCCCUCCCAUUGCACAUCAGAUAGAUGCUGCCUCUGUUAUCUUUUCAGAACCUCUCAAAGGCGUCUCUCUCCCAACAAGCCUUUUAAGUUGAGAUACUAGCCCUGAGGGCUAUGCUCUGCUUCCACAUUUGGAGGCUGCAGUGCUUCUGACCACCUUUGCUGGAAACUGAAGGAGGGGAGAGACUUUCUCUUGUGCUCUCUUUGUGGCCUCCCCUCUGAGGCAUCUGAUUGGUCACAGGAUGCUGGUCGAGAUGGGUCGAGUCCAGCAGGACUUCUUUUGUUUGUUUGAGAUCUUUACCCCAGUCUGUAUCUACAUUGUACUUGAAAUUGGUUGGUUUUUUUUUGUAUAUAAUAAUAUAAUUUUAUAAUAACAAUUAAUUAUUUGUACCCCACCCAUCUGACUGCUUGGCUGCCCCAAGCACAAUUGUUUUUAUAUAUGGAAUCAUCUUAAUUGUUUUUAUGGUCGGUGUCUUUUACUGUGAAAUUCCUUCUGAGAUAUUUUAUGGGAAGUGAUUCAUAAAUGGAAUCUAAUGAACAAAUAAAGCGCAGAGACCAGCCACAACAGCAGUGUGGAUAGUAAUGUGGAUACACCUGGACUAACAAGACAGGGAACCACUAUUGUGAUUCAGGCCAGAUAUCUUUACUUGCUCAUCAAGGAAUGUGCCAAGCAUUCUGAACCUGAGAACAUUUUAAUUUUCUUAAAGAAAAUCCAGCCUGUAUCAUUUACAUCGCCUUCUUUUUUUUGCUGUACCUUUAACUGUCAGCAUCUCAGAUCAGAGCUGUGUAAUCUCAGAAAGAAGCUGGCGCUCAACUUCUGGGGAAUAAAAGGCCGAGAGGUAAUUGGAAAGUGUUGCAUGCUGAGAAGAGCGUUAAGACACCAGAAAAGGAAGGAGUUAUAACUGGCAACUUCAAGAGAGACAUGCUGUGCCUACUUUUAACAUGGAUCUCAAAAGGCAGCAAGAGCGAUGGAAUUUUAUUUAUUUCAUCCUUGGAUCGCCUCUCCACUGAAAGAGGAGACCAAGGGAAUGUACAGUUAAACACCCCCCUACAAAAGAAUAUAUUACUAUCAGAGGUGCACCCAACCCUUGCUGGGGGCGCAGGCCCAGAGGGAUGCAACCCCCCCCCCUAGAAAUCUGUCUCUAGUUAUCUGUGUAAGGUCCUAAGUUUAGACAAGAGUUGGGAGCUGGCCAGUUGGAGAAAUGGCAAAGUGGGAUGGUGGUAGACUGCUGGAGACUAUGGGUGCAUGACGUAUGUGUGUAUGGUGACACACUGGCACUAUUGCAAUGAGAAGUUUGUUUUUCAGGGGUGUGUGCUGAUAUACCUCCCUGCCAAGGGGGCAAGAGACCCUGGGUAUGGCUGUGAUUAUUAUUAUUGUUAUUAUGUUAAGCAUAAUUUUUUUUGCAAAUGUAAGAAAGAAUAAAGAAUGAAACAAUAACAGCUCAUAUAAACAAUAAUACUCCAUCAGUCCUAAUUCUUUUUUUUCUUCCAAAAAUUUUAUUCAUUUUAUAACACAAAUAAACAACACAAACAAAAAAAACAAACAAUACAAACAAUUUCUUGUCUUGUCCUUAUUUUUUCUAAACAUUGUUGGGUGGGCUUCCCCAAGUCCCCCCUAUCUGAUUUUCAUUUUACCUCAUCUUUAGCAGUUUACAUAUAUCAUAAUUUCUAACCAUUUUUAUAAAAUUCAUGCUUACAUUAACCAUAAGAAUCUUCACAUUUUAUCACUUACAAAUAAUGCUAUUUUAAAAUUCACUAUCUUCUACUUCUAACCCUACAGCCUAUAUCCACUUCCAAAGCUACUCUAAGAUUUAAAUAUUAACAUAUUUUUUCAAAUAUUCCUUAAAUUUCUUCCAAUCUUCUUCCACUGUCUCUUCUCUCUGAUCUCGGAGUCUCCCCGUCAGUUCAGCAAGUUCCAUCAUCUUCAUCUGCCAUUCUUUGAUAGUUGGUAAAUCUUUUUUCUUCCAAUUCUUCGCUAGUAAUAUUCUCGCAGCUGUUGUGGCAUACAGAAAAAAAGUAACAUCCUUUUUGGGGAUUUCACUCCCCACUAUACCAAGUAAAAAUGCUUCUGGUUUCUUAAUAAUUGUGUUUUCCAACACUUUUUUCAGUUCAUUAUAAAUCCUUUCCCAGAAGCCUUUUACCUUGGGGUACGUCCACCACAUCCAUCAGUCCUAAUUCAGACCCAUCUGAACAAUACCUUUAAAGCUGUAUCAUAUAACUCAAAAGAGUCAUGGCUUCCCCUAAAGAAUUCCCCUCCCAGAGCUACACUUCCCAGAGUUUCCUGGGAAGGAGAAUUUAUUGUUAAACCACUCUUGAAAUCGUAGCUCUUUAUGAAGAAUAGGGGUCUCUUAACAACUCUCAGCGCAUCCACAUUUAAAGCACUCUUAUACCACUGAAACAGUCAUGGCUUCCCCCAAGGAAUCCUGGGAACUGUGGUUUGUAAAGGGUGUGGAGAGUUCUUGGGAGACCCUCCACUACUCCCUUCACAGAGCUGCAGUUCUUAGAGUGGCUUAAUAACCAAUCCCUCUUCCCAGGGAAUUGUACCUCUGCUAGGGGAAUAGGGGUCUCCUAAUAUUGCCUAAAGGGACGCGGGUGGCGCUGUGGGUUAAACCACAGAGCCUAGGACUUGCUGAUCAGAAGGUCGGCGGUUUGAAUCCCCGUGACGGGGUGAGCUCCCAUUGCUCGGUCCCUGCUCCUGCCAACCUAGCAGUUCAAAGUGCAAGUAGAUAAAUAGGUACCACUCUGGCGGGAAGGUAAGCAGUGUUUCUGUGCGCUGCUCUGGUUCGCCAGAAGCGGCUUAGUCAUGCUGGCCACAUGACCCGGAAGCUGUACGCCGGCUCCCUCGGCCUAUAGAGCAAGAUGAGCGCCACAACCCCAGAGUCAGUCACGACUGGACCUAAUGGUCAGGGGUCCCUUUACCUUUACUUUAAUAUUGCCUAACAUAAUGUGACAGACUGGAUUAGGGAAAGGGGGUGGGGAGGAGACCAGGGUCCUGUGUGACAGCAGCCAAUGUGCAUCUCCAAGUAAGAUUUCAUGAUGAUGUUCUCUGUCUAGUAAGGCUUGCAGUCAAUACGUUAUGGGAGCCCUUUCCUUAUGCUACCACCUGCUUUAUUUUACUGUUCCCAUACAGCUUCAUUGCCAUCCAUUUUAUCCUCUGCUCUCUGCUCUACCUCCUCCAAGGAAAUGGAGCCUAGGGCUUGCGUCAGGCACUGGACACCCACUAGUCAAGGUUCACAUCCUGCAAGGAGCCCACUGCUGAUCCCCAGGGCUUCCUACUCCUGUACUUUGCUGACACUCUCUCUUCACUUCCACUUUCCAAGCAGGCAAGCUGUGUGGCAAGAGUGAGGAAACAGAGCAGUGUCCUCUGCUUGCCUUGUGCCUCCCUGCUAUUGCCAGCUGUGUGUUUGGGCCUGGAGAAGGCAAACGAAUGAGUAGUGGGGACAGUGUUUGGAACUGCUGACCACUGACCCCAUGUGGUGAGCCACGUUACUGCAGCUCCUCAUUUAAGAGUCAGGAGCUGCUGUCCACUGCCCCGUGUGGUGAGCCUGUGGCAUUACAGCUUCUCAGGGAAAAAACUUCUGUGCCUCUGGCUCUCCUGGCCAGGAAGGAGUAUAAGAGGGCUUUUGGGGGCACAGAGUCCCCUGUCUCAUUUGGCCCCCAAUUUGUCCCGUAUUUGAGGUUAUAAAAAUAAAAAUCGGCAUUUGUGUGCUCACCCAAACUUGCUUGUCUUGUGCACAACCAAAAUUGCCCCGAAGGCGGAUGAGAUUGCUGCCCUUUGCCAAGAGGCCUUUGGACUGGGUGGGAUACAGCUCUGGAUAACUAAGCACCCUCCACAAGGUUUUUAAAUGUCAUCUAGUCUUAUAGGGAGAAUUUAUUCACCGUGCAGUUUACACAUUUAGCACAGAAUUACACAACAGGAAAUAAAGAUCACGGCAACUCCGACAUCUAAUUUAUACAAGUUUCCUCAUGGGCUCUCCUUAUUUUUUCAGUCGAUUAGUAAUGUCCAUAAAGACCCAGGAGGUGUUUUAUAUAUAGAAUUUUUCUGUCUUUCAGUCAGAUAUAUAUGCAGGAGUAUGUUUGCCUUGGGAGAUAGGGUAUUCUUUUUUCCCUACUUUCCCAAGUAUAACUGAUUGCUUUUAAUCAUGUCUGUGUGUCAGCAGAGUGUAAUGUGUUCCAUUUCAGGCAACACGGGGUUAUAGACCAAAAUGGCAUUCAGUUUUCUCUCUCACUCUGGUGCAAAUAGCCACGAUCUACAUAUUUGUAUAGGGGCUCAUUUUGCCCCAUUUUGCAGCGUUGCCUUGAAGGUCAGGGCUGUAGUCCAUGCAUAGGACCCAAAUCUAUGGGGCCAUGGUCCCUUUGCCCCCCCCUAAAAUAUUGAGGGGGGUUACCCCCAUACUUUAUUCAAGUUGGCACCUUCCUUCCUCCCUCCUUCCCUCGGGCGGCCACCUCCCCCACAACCUGGCACUGCCCUCUUUUCCUGACUUGCGUCCUGGUUUUUCAGCGCCAUUUCCAAGCACCCACCUGCCUCCCUUCUUACAAGAAAUCCAGGGCUGGUACUGAUAGCCUGACAGCUUCCUCCUCCUUAGUGCCAAUGUUGCCCUUGUAGAACUCACAAGGGAAGAAGAGAGAGGCAAAGUGAGAAGCCUUUUGCUCUGUCUGUCGUUGGCUCUGGCUUCACCUAUGGUUGGCCUCCUUACCUUCCACCCUGCCGGUUCCAAGGGGCACUGCAGAACCUCUGGCUGUAACGGAGGGAGGAACAUGGGGAAGCACACCUCUGCCAGAGCACCAACAUGGGCCCCUGAACAGCGCAAGAGGAGCACCCAAUCAUGCUUACAAUGCCCAGCUUUGUAAUUAGGACUCUGUACAGUGGUACCUUGAAGGGACGCAGGUGGCGCUGUGGGUUAAACCACAGAGCCUAGGACUUGCCAAAGGUUUGAAUCCCCGCGACAGGGUGAGCUCCCGUUGCUUGGUCCCUACUCCUGCCAACCUAGCAGUUUGAAAGCACGUCAAAGUGCAAGUAGAUAAAUAGGUACCGCUCCAGCGGGAAGGUAAACAGUGUUUCCAUGCGCUGCUCUGGUUUGCCAGAAGCGGCUUAGUCAUGCUGGCCACAUGACCCAGAAGCUGUAUGCCAGCUCCCUCGGCCAAUAAAGCAAGAUGAGUGCCGCAACCCCAGAGUCGUCCGCGACUGGUCCUAAUGGUUAGGGGUCCCUUUACCUUUACAGUGGUACCUCGGGUUACAGACGCUUCAGGUUACAGACUCCGCUAACCCAGAAAUAGUACCUCAGGUUAAGAACUUUGCUUCAGGAUGAGAACAGAAAUCGUGCGGCAGCAGCGGGAGGCCCCAUUAGCUAAAGUGGUGCUUCAGGUUAAGAACGGUUUCAGGUUAAGUACGGACCUCCGGAACGAAUUAAGUUCUUAACCCGAGGUACCACUGUAUUGGCCUCCCUUUGACACCAGCCUCUUAGAUCUCAUUCUUAGACAUUCAGCGAGCAGGUGCCAUAAGAAGCACUGGCUAGAUUAGGCCAAAGAUCCACCUAGCCCAGCAUCCAUUUCACCGUGGCCAAGCAGAUGCCUAUGGGGAACUUGAAAGCAAGGCAGGAGCACAACAGCACUCUAGCAACUGGCUUUUAGCAACUGGCAUUCAGAGGCCUACUGCCUCCAACACUGAAGGGAGAAUGGAGCCAACAUGGCCACCGAUGGCCCAUCUUCCAUGAAUCUAUUUAUUAUUCUUUUAAAGCCAUCCCAAUUGGUGACCACGGGAGAGAAUUUCAACCUCGUCUAGAGUUCUUCUGUGGGUGCCCGUCACAAAAUGGCUGCCACACAAUGAUUUCAGUAUAGGAGAGGCCGAACUGAGUAAGAAGAGGAAAUAUUUCCCUGUGCAUUGUGGAUUUUUCGGGGGAUCUUUCUCAGGUGCCAUAGAUGCCAUACUGGCACCUGAGAGUGUCAUGUUGGCAUCCUUGGCCAUAAAGGUCUGGGCACUGCCAGUGGUGGUGUUGCAGCUUUGAAACGUUCUUCCUAAUUUGAGAACUGUGAGGCCUCCCCUUGAACCUAUUUGUUUCCGCAGCCUUUCAGCGUUUCACUGACUGAAGCCUUUUUGCCGCUACUGCAGGUUUGUUUUAGUUUUCUUUCUCCCCCCCGCCCACUUUAAACAGGCUAUGUUUUUCACUGCUGUGUUUUAGCUUUUAAUGGUGUUGUUUUAAACUGUGCCUUUAUGAGUGUUUGAUGUAUUUUUAUGUGUUUUUGCUGUAAGCCGCUGCAAGUACAAUGGAAAGCGGGCAGAAGAAAAAUAAAUAACGACAUUCUUUGGCUGACUCGCAGCCCUUUUCACGUCUUCUGCUGAAUGCACUCAGGAGGGGACCAACAGGAACAAUCCUGACCCACCCUCAUGCACUUAGGGGAAGGGCUGUAGCUCAGUGGUAGGGCUCUGACUUUCCAUGCCAAGGGUCCCACGCUCCAGCACCUGUGUGUAAAGGUGGGAAAGACCUCUGCCUGAAAUGCCGGCGAGUGUAGCCCUGAGGUGUCCAAACUUUUUUCAAAGAGGGCCAGAUUUGAUGAAGUGAACAUGUGUGAGUUGACCUUUUUUAAGGACUGAAGGCCGGGACGCGGGUGGCACUGUGGGUUAAACCACUGAACCGAGGACUUGCUGAUCAGAAGGUCGGAGGUUCGAAUCCCCGCGACUGGGUGAGCUCCCGUUGCUUUGUCCCAGCUCCUGCCAACCUAGCAGUUCGAAAGCACGUCAAAAAGUGCAAGUAGAUAAAUAGGUACCGCUCUGAUGGGAAGGUAAACGGCGUUUCUGUGCACUGCUCUGGUUCCCCAGAAGCGGGUUAGUCAUGCUGGCCACAUGACCCGGAAGCUGUCUGCAGACAAACGCCGGCUCCCUCGGCCUAUAGAGCGAGAUGAGCGCCGCAGCCCCAGAGUCGGUCAUGACUGGAUGUAAUCGUCAGGGGUCCCUUUACCUUUACUUAAGGACUGAAGUUGUUGAGCUUUUUUAAAGAUUGAAGUCAUUGAGAAGUCUAUUUUACCCCAGGAAAUAAACUGCCACAGGGGCCAGAAUAAACUGACCGGUGGGCUGGAUUAGGCCCUGAAAUGGACUCUGGACAUGCCUGGUGUAGCCAGUAAAGAACUAGAUAUACCAAUAGGCAGUUUCCUAGUAGGGGAAGGCCCAUAGUCCAGUGGCAGAGCAUGCAGAAGGUCCUAGUUUUGAUGCCAAGCACCUCCAGGUUGGCCUUGGAGAUAGCCCUGCCUGCAACCCUGGAGAGCCACUGGGAGUGAGCGUAAAUCCACAGGUAUGAACAGUUUGGGAUGCAGUGGAUCUCUUACUCAGCCAGCUGAUUUCCAGCUCAGCCAGGCUCAGCCGGCAGUAAGUCACUGGCUCAGAUGAAGCUUGCUCAUCUCAGCUGAGCUGAAAAAAGGGCCAUUUUGUGGGUGUGGCAGCAGGGGGGGGUUUGGAUUUGAUAUCCUGCUUUAUCACUACCCUGAGGAGUCUCAAAGCGGCUAACAAUCUCCAUUUUCCUUCCUUCCCCACAACAAACACUCUGUGAGGUGAGUGAGGCUGAGAGACUUCAGAGAAGUGUGACUGGCCCAAGGUCACCCAGCAGCUGCACGUGGAGGAGCAGGGAAUCAAACCUGGUUCAGCAGAUUACGAGUCCACUGCUCUUAACCACUAUACCAUACUGGCUCCAACAUAUGCAAGUUACGUUGGACUUAGACUGCAUCCUAAGCCCAUUUAGUUUGGUCCUAUGGCCUAGCAACGGGAUUUGGGUCUGGUGCAAUAUUACGCUGGUUUAGUUUACUCUGGGUUGCUUUAUGCCAGCGUCUUGGAUUGCUCUGCCAAACAGCCAAUGAGAAAAGUUUUUAAUUCAUAGGACAGAAUUGAAAGAAUGUGGAUCUUCCAGUUGUUGAAACCUGUGGGGGGUGGAGUCAGGGUCUAGGCAUCCAUGCCCUUCUCCUGGAAGUAGGAAACUCAUUUAUGAUGCUGUUGUCCUGCAGGAUGGCCUUGGAAACUCAUGCAAGUACUUUAAGAAAGGGGAAUAAAACUAAAUGCAUUUGUCUGUUAUAAUCCCAGCAAACCAUUUGAGAUGGAACUUUUUGGUGCUUUGUAUGUACUGUAAGGAGGUAACUUGAAACGUUCAAUCAUUCUCUAGCUAUAAAAGCUUUUUAAUUUUUUACAAAAAAUAUUUUUGGGCAUUCAUUUCUCUCUUUUCUAGUGAUUCCACCCCUCUCCCUUUUUGUAUAAUAGGAAUCGUCUAUGGCUUUGUAGCAGUUUCUCGAUAAAUGGCUUUUAAGAUUGAUUAAUGGCCAAAGCAAAGCAGAGGCCCUUAAUCAAUCUCAGCAGACGUUUAUUGCUUUUGUAUGCUACAAAGUGGGCAGCAAGAAUUAUGUCUUAAUUCACCAGUGCAGACGUGCACCAUUGUGCAAGAUGGGUGGGGUGGGGAGGGGGAAAGAAAUUCAGUCCCAAAGUUAGCUAGGAAGUGCUAAACCCCAUUUCAACCUCCCCUCCUCUAUCUCUAUAAACUAUCAAUGUCUGCAACAAAAUGUUGCAGCAUGGAAUGCCCCCUGUUUCAGAUUCCAGCUGCUCAGUUUUCCUUAUGUAGGGAACUGUAGUUAUUAAGGGUGUCAUGAGUGGUGAUUCUCAGAGUUCCCCAGCAAGACAGAUUGAUCGUUAACUGAGAAUUGUAGCUCUGCGAGAGAUCCAUGGAUAUUAGCUAGAACCUCCAUGUUCAGGGCAGUGUACCUCUGAAACCCUGUUGCUGGGGUCUCAAUAAUGGGGAGGAUUGUGGAUUCAGAGUGGGACGCAGAAUUGCCCUCAAGAAGCAUUUAACCAGGAAGCACUUCUGCUGGAGGAGCCGGUGGUACUUAGACCUUUCUGGUCCUCAGGUGCCAGGAUGCCUCACCUGAAUCAAAGAGCUUCACCCCAGAACCCCACGUGGAACCUCAGUCACUGCUGCUGUGCUCGAGUAAGUUUGGGUCCCUUUAAAUCAGGCAUAGGCAAACUCGGCCCUCCAGAUGUUUUGGGACUACAACUCCCAUCAUCUCUGGCCACUGGUGCUGUUAGCUAGGGGUGAUGGGAGUUGUAGUCCCCAAACACCUGGAGGGCCAAGUUUGCUUAUGCCUGCUUUAAAUGAAGAGACUCCUCCCACUGAAGGCAGAGCUAACCACUCUUGGAAGAUUCAGGACAGAUAAAAUAAAUUACUUCCCCACUCAGUCUCAUUGUGUGGUGAGUUCCCACCCCCUCCAGUGGAAAUAAUGACACAUGACACAAUUAUUAAAGUUAAUGGGCUAAAUAAGGCCACAACUUUAUUGGUUACAGGUGAUGAGCAGUAUUGGCUUAGGUAUUGGUCCUAACUGACCAUAUCUGAUUUCAGCCCAUCCGCUUGAAGUUCGGGAAGGGUUAACCACCAUUGGGUGAGUCCUGCUGAUGCACAUCAACUAGGAACUCCCUCAGGGUCACCGAUAGGGGGAGUGCCUUAGGCCCUCACCUCCCUAGGCUUCGGACAGGGCCACGCCCCCCAGAAUCCUUUACCGGACUGCCCUUCAAUAUGCGGGGCAGGUGAUGGCACUACCUCCCCUCUUCCAUCUACAGAGCAAUACCAAUGCCUAACCGUCAGUACCCAGAAAGCUGUGACGAUUUGCUACGAGGUAGGUGAAAAACCAAUUGCCAAGUGGAAAAAAUUCCUACCAGGCCCCUUAACAGCGACCAACCAAGGUCCAUAGCAAAGUUAAGGAACGAAAACCUUAUAGGGCAGGAGGGUGGGAAAAGCAGGAACAGCUGAUAGGCAGGAAAAGAGGGAGAUCCCUGGCCUGUCCUGCCUUAAAUAGGGCACGCCAUGCCCCCAGAGCCAGCUGAUUGGCUGGCCAGGGAAUGACACAGCCGGGAAUCCCCCCAAUCGCGCGGGGCUGGGCUGUGAAGCCCACAACCACCUCCUUCGAAGGGUGGAAGUGCCUUAGUUAAAGAAGGCAACUUGUUCCCACAGGAGGCAGUGAUGGCACCAACCUAGAUGCCUUUAACAGAGGAUUAGGCAAAUCCAUGGAGGAGGAGAGAGGGCUAUUGAUGGUUACUAAUUCUCUGGUAUGCUCUGCACAGUUAGAGGCUGCAAUGUUUUCGAAUACCAGUUGCUGGAAAAGUGCAGGAGGGCAGAGGACUCUUGUGUUUCGGUCCUGCCUGUGGAUGCUGGAGCAGAUGGGCCAUUAGCCUGAUCCCGCAAACUCUUAUGUUCUUAAGUUCAUAAGACCAAUGAGAGAGAGGUGCUGCUCCUCUGGACAGCUCAGCUUGAGGAUGACUGGUGCUGACUGAAACGCCAUUUGGGCCUUGCUCUUACAGGCUCCAAGGGACGCGGGUGGCGCUUUGGGUUAAACAACUGAGCCUAGGACUUGCUGAUCAGAAGGUCGGUGGUUCGAAUCCCCACGACGGCGUGAGCUCCCGUUGCUCGGUCCCUGCACCUGCUGACCUAGCCGUUCGAAAGCAUGUCAAAGUGCAAGUAGAUAAAUAGGUACCACUCUGGUGGGAAGGUAAACGGUGUUUCCAUGCUCUGCUCUGGUUCGCCAGAAGGAGCUUAGUCAUGCUGGCCACGUGACCUGGAAGCUGUACACUGGCUCCCUCGGCCAAUAAAGCGAGAUGAGCACUGCAACCCCAGAGUCAGUCACGACUGGACCUAAUGGUCAGGGGUCCCUUUAUCUUUACCUUACAGGCUCCAGCCUGGGCCAAGCAAAGAGCUGUCCAUUGAAGUCGUGCCUCAUGGAAUCAUAGAAUUGGAAGGGACCACGAGGGUCAUCUAGUCCAACCCCCUGCAGUGCAGGAAACUUUUGCCCGAUGUGGGGCUCGAAUCCAGGACUCUGAGAUUAAGACCCUCAUGCUCUAUUGAUCAAGCUGUACAUGGUGGUAGAUUCGCCACCACUGUGGCUGCCACUCAAAACAGAACAUUAAUGUUUGGUUGUAAGGGUUUUUUGUGUUUUUUUAAUCCAUAGAAUUAAUAAACCCACCCACAGAAGAAAAAUACAGGCAAGAGAAAACCAGCAAACCCAAGCAGGCAAGGCUGUGAGUACGUUAUGAUACACGAAGGCCAUUAGACUGCUCCAAAGUGUAGGGAAUAAUAGUCAAAUAUUUGUAAUGUUAAUGAACAGGCAGACAUGGUUUGUGAACUCUCCUUUGCCGGGUCCAUUCAGCAGUUAUAAAUAUAUAAUGUGACAUGCAUACAGUAUGAGAGGGAAAAAUGGAAACUAUAAAAAUGCAAAUGGGGUCUUUUGGGGCGGGGUCCACGGUGAUGUUGUGGGGGGUGUAACAGGGUUAUUUUCCAGGAGACUGUUAUGCGGGGAUUGUUCCUUUUUGUAUUGGCUGGCAGAGUUGCAUAAAACCAUCUGAAUAAUGGCUUUAUGUGCUUAGAGGAUAAUUUAUUAUCUUGCCUGGGAUGUGCAAAGAGUGUUUAACUCCAUUAGGAGAUGGAAGGGACCAACUCUGAAAGGGGGAGGGAGAAGGGGAGAGGUUCGCUGUUGUGCGACUAAAGGGAUUCUUAAUGAAUAUUGUGGGUUUUAGGAGGCAAAAAAAGGAAAGGAAAGGAAAUGUUUUAGAACAGACAGAGGGCUCAUCCACACUUCAGUUUGCCCUGCUGCUUUCCCCUGGGUUCAGCGCUGAAUUAGAACAAAAGGCAGCUGGGUUUUCCAUGGAUUGGCAUUUGUUCCAACACUGUGGGUUAAACCAUAGAGCCUAGGACUUGAUGAUCAGAAGGUUGGCGGUUCGAAUCCCCGCGACGGGGUGAGCUCCCGUUGCUCGGUCCCUGCUCCUGCCAACCUAGCAGUUCGAAAGCAUGUGAAAAUGCAAAUAGAUAAAUAGGUACUGCUCCGGCGGGAAGGUAAACGGCGUUUCUGUGCGCUGCUGUAGUUUGCCAGAAGCAGCUUAGUCAUGCUGGCCACAUGACCUGGAAGCUGUACGCCAGCUCCCUCAGCCAAUAAAGCAAGAUGAGUGCCGCAACCCCAGAGUCGGCCACAACUGGACCUAAUGGUCAGGGGUCCCUUUACCUUUACCUAGUGCUAUAGAGAGGGUUUUCUGGGUGUGGGGAGGUGUGCACAAGGCCGGGACAAAACACCUCCUCCACAUUCACCAUUCCAUUUUCCCGUAGCAAAAAUGGAGGGGCAGUUUUCUAAAUAAAAACUUAUUUGUGGGGCAGUGGAGAACAUAGAAACAACACUUCUUCUAGUGCUGUGUUGUCUACACUGACCAGCAACAGCUUUCCAGGAUUUCAGAGAAGGCAUCCUUCCUAGCCUUACCUGGAGAUGCCAGAGAUGGAACCUGAGGGCUUUCUGCUCUACCGCUGAGCUACAGCCCUUCUUAAGAACACCGGAAGCUACUUCAUGGUGAGUCAGGGCAUUGCCACAUCUAGCUCCAUAUUGUCCACACUGACUUGGCAGUGGCUCUCCAGGGUUUCAGACAGAAGACAUUCCCAGUCCUACCUAGUGAUCCUGAGGAUUGUACCUGGGACCUUCUGCACACCAAGCACACACUCCACCAUUGAGCCACAACCCUUCCCCAAGUGGCUUUAGCAGAUUUGGGGGUGUGGGUGGUUACUGUUGGUUCUGCUACCCCUUUUAUUAAUUUUAUUUUUCACUAAGGUAAAGGUAAAGGGACCCCCGACCGUUAGGUCCAGUCGGACCGACUCUGGGGUUGCGGCGCUCAUCUCACUUUAUUGGCCGAGGGAGCCGGCGUACAGCUUCCAGGUCAGGUGGCCAGCAUGACUAAGCCGCUUCUGGCAAACCAGAGCAGCGCAUGGAAACGCCGUUUACCUUGCCGCCGGAGCGGUACCUAUUUAUCUACUUGCACUUUGACGUGCUUUCAAACUGCUAGGUUGGCAGGAGCAGGGACUGAGCAAUGGGAGCUCACCCCAUCACAGGGAUUCGAACCGCCGACCUUCUGAUUGGCAAGUCCUAGGCUCUGUGGUUUAACCCACAGCGCCACCUGCAUCCCUUUAUUUAUUUUUCACUACAAGGCCUCUUUUGGCCAAGCCCCACCUUUACUUGCCUCACAUCUGAUGCCAGGUGUAGAGCAAUGGAUGUGGUUUGUCUGAAAUGGCCCCGCAGGCCAAAUGGGCAGACCUGGAGGGCCAGAUUUGGCCUGUGGGCUGGAAGUGCUCCAACACCAAACUGCAGCAUCCUUGACAGACAGCUGUCCGCUCUCUGUUUAAAUACGUGUUGAGAAAACGCCAAGGUUCAGAAAUAAGAAACAGCUAAAGGGGGCUUGGGUGGUGAUCUCUGGUAUUCCAAGUGUCACCUGUGAAAUGCUGGGAGGUGUGGGGAGACCCCCCCAAUUUUUGUAAUCCCAGGCAGGCAGCAAGACAAGGGCUGGGGAACCUUCUUCAGCUCAAGGGCUCCAUUCCCUUUUUGGGCAACCUGUCAGGGCUACACGUCAGUGGCAGGCAUGACCAGAGGCAAGAGUAAUCAGAACAGCAAAUGCAAAAUUUACCUUCGUAUGGUAGGAUGGUUUAUACACAGCCUUCUCUCCUCCAUCCAAGGCAGCAAAGAUGCCUUCUCAGAGUCGAAGACACAUUCCAGCCAGGCAGAAACUCUCAAGAAGUGUGUGACGCAGGGCCGGUAUGGGGUGUGACUAGGGAAAGGGUACCUAUUUGUGGAGAGUUUUGAGGGCCAGGCAGAGAGACUUGAAGGGCAGAGUGUAACCCCUGUUGCAAGGCUUCUCUUGGGCUUCCUGUCCACACUUGGCACGGAGCAUUCAACUUUGCUGGGUCAAAAGUUGUGCAAGCCUAUCCUAUCUGUUACAUCUCUGCAUUUACCUCCGCAAUCUAAUUAGCACCGUUCUCUCUGUGUGGAAAUAGGCAAUUAACCCUCUGGCAUCAGAUCACAAAAUAGUGUUAUCUCUGCAUUCUCCUCUUCGGUGUUGCAGAUUACUCUGAAUUAGUAUGAGGUGUGCCAUACGACAGUGGUGUUGCCUUGCAAUAAUCACUCUGGCUGGCGGGAGGAGUGAUAAUUGGCCUCCACAGUCACUUACGGACUCUCUGUUAAGACUGUGCUCAUGGAAGGCAAUCUUACUCGGCCACGAGUGAUCGCCAGAGAAGAUUAGGAAUCAAUAUCCACAAACAUGUACCCAUGCGCCGAAAGGAUAAAUGCAUUUGUAGCGAAGGAGCGCAGAAUGUAUUACAGAGAACAUAAAAUGUUGACUCUCUCUCUUUAGGUUUUCCUUUAAUAACCAGAGGUCUUUAGAGACAUGGAUGGCAUGGUGGGGAUUUUUUUUUCCCUGUAGAAAUUAAUUCUUUAUUGAAUGUGUUGCGGGGUUUUUAAAACAACAAAUACCAGCAAAGAACAAAAACACUGUUAACUGGGCUGCAGGAAAAUGAAUUCUUCAGAGAUGCCCUGUUCUCGGAGAAAAGUAUUAUUAUUAUUAUUAUUUACACAUAUUAACUAUUAUUUUCUCAAUAGAUUUUUGUCAGUUAGCCAUGAAGCUCACCUUCAGUCAGGUUCUCUCUCUAGGUCAGCCCAAGACAUUUUGGGCUGUUUUGAGACAAAACAGAAAAUAGUGUCCCACGCCAGUCCCCCCCCCUUCCCCCCCCCGCCUGAGGUGAAUGGAGACAUUUCUCAGAAGGCCUGGUGUGUUGAAGGCAAUGGAAGAGAAAAAAUGAAGGCGGAGAGGACUGCCCUGGCCUGGACCUAAACCAUGUAGGUCUUUAGAGGUCAUUACCAGAACUUUGAAUUGUACCCAGAAACAGAGUGGUAGCCAGUGAAGCUGUUCUAGCAAAGGAGACUUCUGCUUUCUGUAACCAUCCCAGAUCAACACUCUGGCUGCAGCUUUUCAGAGGCAGCCCCACAUACUGUGUGUUACAGAUGUCCGAAUGGGAUGUAACAGAGGCCUGUGUCACCAUGGGACUAACUGCUCUGGAACGCAAGAGCCCUUUAACCCCACAUUGCCGUGCAAAAGCUCAUGGCCUGGAUGGAUUUCCCAUCCCUCACCCCUCUUAGGAUGCUGCCCAGAAACCGCCCUGUGCAACAUCUGGCUGAAAAAGCUUCUGAUAUCUCCACCAGUCUCGGAACAAGACGGUGUGUUAAGUGUCAAAACUUUGUGAGAGGAGGAUGCUGAACUGAGCACCAGCUUGUAAAACUACUUUGAAAAAUUAAAAAAAUAAUAAUCAUGGAAGAUCUUGUUCCGUUGUUGCCAGAGAGGAGAAGUUCAUGUCAAGUCACAGGCUGCCUGAGCCUCCUUCCAAAGGCUGUGAACAUUUCACACAUCCUUGCACACCCCUCCCCUCUUGUUUUCCAAUUAGAGUAUUGCAAUAAUUACAAUAGAAGCUGUUGGCAUUUCCAUUAUGAACCUUCUGCUCUCAGUAUGAUACUUGCAUGUAUGCUCUUAAGUUCCUACAAUGUGCCUGUACGGGAGUCUCAGACCAGGGAGAUGGCAGAGGUCUUUCAGGAGUGAUAUGUGGGACUGCUGCAUUUUGGUGUCCCCGAUGGACAGAGGGCCAUGCUGCAGUUACUGUUCCAGCAGAGGUCAUGCAAUUUUUUCAAAAGAGCCAAUGGGGUUCCAUCUGGCCCUAUACAUAAGGGUCAGACUGAGUCCAAACCAAAGGACAGGUGGAACAGCUCUGUCUUUCAGGCCCUGCGGAAAGAUGUCAAGUCCUGCAGGGCCCUAGUCUCAUGCAGUGGUGUAGCGUGGGGGGUGCAGGGGGGGCCGGCCGCACCGGGCGCAACAUCGGGGGGGGGCGCUCGCACUCGCAGCUCUAAAAUCCACGGGUUAGGGGGCGCAAAUUACUUGCCUUGCCCGGGUGCUGACAACCCACGCUACGCCACUGGUCUCAUGUGACAGAGCGUUCCACCAAGUCAGGGCCAGUACUGAGAAGGCCCUGGCCCUAGUUGAGACCAAUCUAACCACCUUGUGACUUGGAACCUCCAAAGUGUUGUCAUUUGUGGACCUUAAGGUCCUCCAUGGGACAUACCAGGAGAGGCGGUCCCAUAGGUACGAGGGUCCUAGGCCACAUAGGGCUUUAAAGGUCAAAACCAGCAUCUUAACCCUGACCCUGUACUCCACCAGGAGCCAGUGCAGUUGGUAAAGCACUGGAUCAAGGACUCAGAGGAGGAGGUACUGAUGAAUACCAGCUGGCUCCAGCCUUCUUAAGCAGGGCUUCCAACCCCAGUCAGUUGCUGGAAACAAAGUUUGUCAUUCCUGGCCCGAUCUUGCUGCUUCUUGCUCCUCUUGAACUUGGAUCAUUGGAUUUGAUGACCCCUGGACCAUCUGGCCACGUGAACUGCUAUACGCCUGACCUUACGACUGGACCUGACUUUGCUUACGGACUCUGCCUGCAGGCAACCACCCUCUGAGACCCUGCUGGUUGGCUGGCCUCUCACUCCAAUGGGCUCUGCUCAUGGCUGUGCAGCAGAGGACUAUGACACCAGCUCCCUUUGGUCCUGCCACAUGUCUUUACCUGCACCCUACUUGAUGUCAUAUAUAACGCCAGCUGGGCUUGCCAUGGCAAAAAAUAGCUCCAUGGUCCAAGCAGGAUUGCCCGAUGAGCCUAAUUAGGCUGCAUCAAGGCUCAUCUUAUGUUCUUGCAAGUCCUCGGCAGACAAAUUGGAAAGUGCAAAGUUCUGAAGAGGUGUGUGUGUGGGGGUUGGGUACCACAAACCUGGAAAGUCUCUCUUGCCUUGACAAAUGUGGUAAAUGAGAAUAGAUGGCAAAAACCUCCCAGCCAAGGCUGCUGGGGCAUCGUACCACCUUGCAGGAGGCCUGCUUUGGAACUUUUAAUGGAUUCUUCACCUGGGGCGAUUUCCCACCUGACAGCCCUAUUGAGUUUUUCCUUUCCUGUGUGUGUUCCUUGCUUGCGAUUGCAUUGACUAAUUCCCUCUACGGGUCUUCAUUAGCCCAGGCAGGUUGUAAGUCACACUCCCUGUUUAAACAAAUCAGAUGAGCCGAGGGAGUCUAGUGCUGUGUGCAGCAGUCUCAGGGAAGUCUCAAACUGUGUCAGGCUGAGCUACUCCUCCCUCUCCCCCUCCCCCUGCCAGUCCCCCUCCCCCGCCAGUCAAACUCAGCAGUCCAGGUUAUUUACCUCAUCAUGGAUUUCAAGGGAGUUUUACUUCUGCAGAAGCAAGUACGGUAGCCCUACAACUUCCGUGGGACUUCAUGUGAAAAGGGGAAUUCGUGAAACACCAGGAAGACCACUGGAACUCCCCCUGCAUGACUAUCCCUGCUUUACUGAGCUCUGGGAAGGUUUCGCAAGAUCUCAACUGGGGCCUUCUUGGGAUCUCACCUGGCCUCUUCCGACUGUCCCUCCGCCCAGCUCUCCAUUUUAUUUAUUUAUUUUCUGUGCAAAGCUGCAAUGGCGUAAGUGAAAAUCACGUGCAAGUUGAGGGUCUACUGCAGGUUUAGAGGACUGUCACCCAAACUCAAGAGGGGGCAGCAGAUGUUCUUGGGCUCCCGCAUCUGGCAAAGGAGAUGGACGGGGAGUUGGAAAAUGAACUGGGAAAGGGCGAGUGAAAUGAUUGAGGGUUACGUGCAAGUAAAAGCUAACGCAUUUGAAGGCUUUUUAGUGGGUUUUUUUUUUUAAAAAAAAUAUCUUUGAAUACUACCGCUACUAAGCCAGUGUGGUGUCAAGGUUAAAGGGUCAGACUAGGACAUGGGUAGGCAAACUAAGGCCCCAGGGCCGAAUCCAGCCCAAUUGCCUUCUUAAUCCGGCCCGUGGACAGUCCGAGAAUCAGCGUGUUUUUACAUGAGUAGAAUGUGUCCUUUUAUUUAAAAUGCAUCCCUGGGUUAUUUGUGGGGCAUAGGAAUUUGUUCAUUACCCCCCCCCCCCAAAAAAAUAUAGUCUGGCCCCCCACAAGGUCUGAGGGACAGUGGACCGGCCCCCUGCUGAAAAUGUUUGCUGACCACUGGGAGACCAGGUUCAAAUUUCCAGCUGGCUGUGAAGUUUUCUGGGUGCCCCCACCCACUCGUGCCCCUGCCCCUGCCUCUCACUGGCACAUGGCCCUCAGAAGGUCAUCUGGAAGGGAAUGUGGCCCUCGGUCUGCAAACAGUUUGCUGCUCCUGGUUUAGAUAUUGUCCCACCUCCAUUUCCCGCAAGGCACCGUACAACUCCUGCGUUUGUCUCCUGCACAGAGAGAGACAGCACACAACCUCUGCCCUUUCUGGAGAAGUCAGAGCGAAGCUGAUCUUGGACUUUCCAUCAAAGCUUAGCAAUGGGCCCCCUGUUUACUCGGUAUAUCUGAAUUGGUCUGAAAGUGCUUUUUAUGACAAGGAUGUUGCCUUAUGGUCUCUGCAAGACAUCGUAAAAUGUUUUAUGGCGCUCCAUAAAAUGUGCAGUAGUAAUCUAGUAUCUGCAGGAGCAUCAUCGCACCAUCUCUAUAUUUCAAACCACGUACAUUCUCUCUCUCUCUCUCUCUCUCUCACACACACACACACACAACUUCUGUCUCCAGCUAGUUCAGUUUGAAGCUUAACCACACUUAUUAAAAGUUUAAAAUUGCCAGGAGAUGAGACAUCUAUUCCCAGGGUUAUUUGUCUUUUUUUUUUUUUUUAAGAGGAGGAAAUUAAAAUGCACAGAUCCACUUUGUGCAAAAUGACCUUAUUUACUGAAGCUAAUGAAUGUUGGACUCUUUUCUUCUUUUCAAAUAAUAUUCUGUCUAGAGCGGACGGAGCGACAGACUAAUUUAGCUAUAGCAUGGGUGGGAGAACCUCAGGACCAGGGGCCAAAUGGGGCCCGCCAGCCCUCUCUAUGUGGCCGUGGGGCUGUCGCCAGGGCUUACCUCCUCCUGAGUCACAGCCCCUCUCCCCAGGCUGCACCUCUCAGUGGCCCAGCUUCACACCCUCCUUGGCUGUUUUUGCCUGAUUGGGUCUUUGAACUCUGAGAAGGUCUCUUGCUUGUUUGGAUGAAGGAUACAGAGGUGUGUUUUUGUGUGUGUAUGUGUGUGUGUGUGUGUGUGUGUGUGUUUAGAAACUAGCCUAAUGCAAAGGUGAUAUGUGCAUUCAGUGAUGUGCCUCUCAACCCACCCACCAUCUAUGGAUGAAGGGAAAAUAAGAAUAAGAAUAAGACUAUGCCUUCUAGAAGUCUGUUGGAAACAGAAUGUAGGCCUCAGCCUGAAAAAGGUUUCCCACCUCUGAAAUGCAAAUUCUUCCAAACUCUUAAGAAGAUCACCAUUUAAACUUUUAUGCCACCCUUCCUCUCAGGACCUCAGGGUGGAGCUCCUGACGCUCCUCCAAGUCCUGUGAGGUGGCUUAAUCUGAGAGAUCAUGACUAGCCCUGGGUCAACUAGCAAGGCCAAGCAGUGGUUUAAACCCAGAUCUCCUUGGUCCUAACCUAACCACCAAAGCCUAAGGACUUCAUCCUUAGUCCUCAGAUGUCGCUGGACUGUGACUCUCAUAAUCUCUGGCCAUUGGCUAAGCUGGCUGGGGAUGAUGGGAGUUAGUAUUCCAGAGGCAUCUAGGGGCUGAAUAGUUAAAGAGCAAGUCACUAAACUGCAUUGGCUCUCUGGUACACAAGGGAUAGGGAACCUCAAUUUCACAGGCAUGUACCUCUGAGCACUUUCUCUGCCCCACACAUAAUCUUCUUCAUACACCCAUUUUUAACUUGUCUUCUUUUUCUAAAGUAAAUAAAAUGCCCCAAAUGUUGCAAGCGUUCCUCCUAAAAGGGCAGUAGUUCCAAUCACCCUGACCAUUUUGAUACCCUUUUGCUGUAGUUUUUGUAGUUUAUUAAAUUUGUAUACCACAAGAUAAAUUCACAAUAUAAAAACACAAAAUACAUAACAAGAAUAAAAACAAGAGCCACCCAAUAACCACGUCCUCCCCAACACAUGUUAAAAGGGUAUUGGAUGUCAAUCAGCCAAAGGCCUGGUUAAAGAGAAAUGUUUUUGCCUGGUGCCUAAAGGUGUAUGAUGAAGGCAUCGGGCAAACCUCCCUAGGGAGAGCAUUCCACAAACGGGGAGCCACUGCAGAAAAGGCCUGUUCUCGUGUUGCCACCCUCUGCACCUUUUGUGGAGGAGGCACAUUAAGGUCAUCAGAAGGUGAUCUCAGGAUCAAGGUAGGUUCAUAGGGAGAGAGACGGUCCUUCAGGUAUUAUGCCCCUGAGCAGUUUAAUCGGCACUUCUUAUUGUUGUGUUAUGUAGUUUGUGUUGGUGUAAUGUGGACAGUGGGUUGACUUACACAGUGCUUGGUCUUGUGUCUUGAGGAGCACAUCUCCCACAUCUGGAUGUUCUGAGAUAAGGGUGCCAGGGGCACUGGGCUAUUUGGCAACAACAGGGAGAUCGAGUGUAUGACUUGCUGAGUCCUUCACCCUCCCAUUGGUUCAGAAAAUAUGGCUACUUGUAGAGACUGGCGUAAUAAUCUCUAGGGAAGAGGCUGUGGGUUUUACACAGCAGAGUUAGCUAGCAUGGUAAUAGUGUUAGUGGUUCUCUCUGUGUCUAUGUAUCUUUUCUGCAGAGACCAGAAGAUCUGUAUAUAGUUCAUAGCAGUGUUCAGUUUUGGUCUUGUGUCUGAAGACCUUAAACACUGUUGCUUUGAGCUGUGUGGCAGAGGAGUUUCCUCCUUAACGGGGGACUCUGAAAGAAGCUGUUCUGCGGGAGCAGGAAGUCUCUGGGACUCCAUACACUCUGCUGAUACAUCAUACUGGCUGAGGUGUGGUGAACUACCAACUUGCUUCUACAAGUCACCAACAGUUGGGUGUGUGUUUUAUACUGUAAAACACCCUGUGAUCUUCUGAUGAAGGGUGCUAUAUAAAUUUUAAAAUAAUACCUUUCCCAGCAGUACCUCUCAGAACAACACUUUGAGUUGUAGCGUUAGGUUAAAGUCACUUUGCAGUACGUAGACCCGUUCUGCUAGGGAAAUGUUGCUGUGCCAAGGGGAACGUUGUUGUGUAAGAGAAUGCAUAACCAGAUGGCUGGUCACUUUGUUGCCGGAUGGAUUGCUUAAUCUGUUGUGCGACAAGUUUCUGCCACUGCAGCUUUUGUCUUGGAUCUCUCUCUUGCACAAAGUUAAAACCCAGCCUCCCGCUAGUGCAAGAGCGUUUGUGCUAGUGGUCAGAGAGCACUGGAUACAGUCCUGCGUUAUGACAUAGCUUUGUUCCGGGUCACCAUUCAUUCAUUCGGAAUUUUAUUUGCAUGCUGUGCUUUCCCAUAAAAUGAAUCAUUCCCAAAGCAGCAAAAAAAAACAAAACAGGAAUGCCUCUUGACAUCAAGCACUGCAAAAACAAUUUCACAGUAAUAUAAUUAAAAGAACAACACAAUAUAGCAACUUUUAAGGCUUCCAAAGGAAGAGGGAGGGGUAGGUGGAAACACAGCUUCCAAGAUAUUGUCUAUAGUCCCUUUCCUGCAGCAACUUGCAAGAGUUCUGAAGGCCCAGAGGUGGGAUAGCUGGAGACACCCCUCCCAUGAGGGCUUUCCAUGCCCCAUCCUCAAAGUUUGCCCGUGCCCCUGACAAUAGCCGAAGGCCACAAAACUUUUCCGGCAAGGAAACAGAAGCCUUUUUGCUCAGCGUCAAACCCUUCCUUGCUCAGUUUCUUCUUUCUCUGCUUCGGUUUCAGUAUCUCAUUUCUGUUUGCAUAUGGAUUUACAAUAUAGCCCGUAGGUAAGUUUACACACACUGUAGAGCCUUUUUAUUAUUUAAAGAGACAUUAUUGAGCACGGAAGGCUGUUUUUAUAAUAGGCUUUGAGUGAGGUUGUUGAAUUUGCCUCUUCAACAAGAAAUGCAGGGAGAAGACAAUGAAGGGCACAGCUGAUGCAGAAAUAUUUGUGUGUGUGUGUGUAUGAGAGAGAGAGAGACAGAGAGCGUGCACUGGCAAGCUAUUCAACACCCUCAAGGAUGUCUUCCUACACAUUAAUAUGUUUAAUUAAUUGAAAUGCCUUUUUAUGUUUUACAAUGUGCAACGAGGAAAGCAGAUUUUGCCACAGAAUAAAGCAAACGUUUCUGAGGUGCGUGUGUGGAAUAUGGGAGUGGAAUAAGUGUUUGAAUGUUUUGCAUAGGGCAGAAGACAGACAGGCUGCAAUAACGUUCAUUCAGUUGGGACUGAGGGUGGUGCAGAAUUUAAUGGGCCCUGUUUCACAUAUCUUAGACUGCUACAUAUAUCGGAAUGUAAUUUUUCAGAUUUCACCCUCCUCCAAACUUUGCAUAAACCAGGCUUGUGUUAGAAAAAAAUGUGCACAUUUUAGGACAGAAGUGUGAAAAAAUGAAAUAGUCAAAUUUAAAUGUGUAUAUUCUGAUAAAAAUAAAUCAUACUUAAGUGCAAAUUGCAGCUUAGGGUUGUAUCCCAUGCUAGUCUUACUCAGAGUAGACCUACUGAAAUUAUUGGGCCUGCAUUCAUAGAAUCAUGGAAUUAGAAGGGACUAGAUGACCACGAGGGUCAUCUAGUUCACCCCCUGCAAAUUCAUUAACUUCACUGGGUCUACUCUGUGGUGGACAUGGCCAGUGUUUUCUUCUUCUUCCAAGGGGCACUCAGCACUUCUUUUUUGUUGUUUAAAAGUGUGGCACAUACUGUAACAACUUCACAGUGAGUACCAGGACCCAUUUUACAACAAACAAAGCACUGGGCAUGACUAAGAUAGAUUUAUCAAUUUCAAUGGAUCUACUUUAAGUAGCACUUAGUUGGAGACCACCCUGAGUGUGGAAAAAAGGCAGAAUGCAAAAUUGACUUAAAAAUAAAUCUGUUCACCCCUACCCAGGAGUAAGCUCCAUUUAACUCCAUGGGGCCUACUUAUGAGUAUACAGUGGUACCUCGCAAGACGAAUGCCUCGCAAGAUGAAAAACGCGCAAGACGAAAGAGUUUUCCGUUUUUUGAGUCGUUCCACAAGACGAAUUUCCCUAUGGGCUUGCUUCGCAAGACGAAACGUCUUGCGAGUUCUUGCGAGUUUGUUUCCGUUUUCUUAAAGCUGCUAAGCCGCUAAGCCGUUAAUAGCCGCUAAGCCGCUAAUAGCCGUGCUUCGCAAGACGAAAAAACCGCAAGACGAAGAGACUCGCGGAACGGAUUAAUUUCGUCUUGCGAGGCACCACUGUAUAUGAAUAAGUUGUCACUGUAUAGCUACAAUCCUAAGUUCAGUGGUACCUCGUGUUACAUAUGCUUCAGGCUACAUAUGCUUCAGGUUACAGAGUCCGCUAGCCCAGAAAUAGUGCUUCAGGUUAAGAACUUUGCUUCAGUAUGAGAACAGAAAUCGUGCUCCGGCGGUGCGGCAGCAGCAGGAGGCCCCAUUAGCUAAAGUGGUGCUUCAGGUUAAGAACAGUUUCAGGUUAAGAACGGACCUCCGGAACGAAUUCAAUACUUAACCCGAGGUACCACUGUACUUGCUUCUGAUUAAAUAUAUUUAAGAUUGUGCUGUUGGCUACCCUUUUGGCUGAGAGGCAGUGACUGGCCCAAGGUCACCCAGUGAGCUUCAUGGUUGAGUGGGGAUUUGAACCCUGGUCUCCCAGGUCCUAGUCCUGUACUCUGACCACUACACUACGCUGACUUCUUCUUGUCGUUUCUUGACUGGGAGAGGCACAGCUUUGUCCAUCCCCCAUUUACAAAUCUAGUUAUUUUCAAAAGCACAAGACUCUCACAUGUUGAAUCUGUUCCAUUCUCCGUUCCUCAUGCCAGACAUGCCCUCCUCCUCCUUGUCGCCGCACUUAAACUGGAGCUUAAUUGCAGGUAAUUAUUGAUCACUGAGGGAUCACCGGUUGACAAAUCCAAUUUCCACGCUCUUAUUGAGCAUGACUGACACUGGACCGGCGAGACUAAGCAACGGACACAAUCUGUCAUGGAAACUUGCUAUAGUGUGCGGCUAGGGAGAUGCGGCAGAUAUUUCCACCUCCCUCUGGAGACGUCUCUCGCUAUCUUGAUGGAGGGCUGAGAAUUCAAGGAUGCCAUGAUACAUUAAGACCACCAGGUAUGAGGGGAAGGAUGCCACGUCGACAUUGUCCCCCCGGGAGAUGCUGACAACAUCACAGCCGUGGUCCUUAGACUAUAAAUCUCACCGACAUGUCCCUGAUUGGCUGUUACUUCCUCUUUUCUCAUUAGUGGAUGAAUCUUACGGGCUGCAGUCCUGGAUGCGCUUGCCAGGAAUAGUGAAAAUGCAUUGGAUUGUAUUUACAGUGCCGUAGCUAUGGGUGUGUGUGUGCAGGUGUAUGGGGGUGUGUAUGGGCAGGUGUGGAGGACUCCCUGGUCCUGAAGGGGUAACUGUGCCCCUGAAGGACCAGGUGCACAGCCUGGGAGUCAUUCUGGAAUCACAGCUGUCCGUGGAGGCGCAGGUCAAUUCUGUAUCCAGGGCAGCUGUUUAUCAGCUCCCUAUCUGCCCGUAGACUGUCUUGCCAGAGUGGUGCAUGCUCUAGUUAUCUCUCGCUUGGACUACUGCAAUGUGCUCUAUGUGGGGCUACCUUUGAAGGUGACCUGGAAACUACAACUAAUCCAGAAUGCGGCAGCUAGACUGGUGACUGGGAGCGGCCGCCGAGACCACAUAACGCCUGUCUUGAAAGACCUACACUGGCUCCCAGUACGUUUCCAAGCGCAAUUCAAAGUGUUGGUGCUGACCUUUAAAGCUCUAAACAGCCUUGGUCCAGUAUACCUGAAGGAGCGUCUCCACCCCCAUUGUUCUGCCCGGACACUGAGGUCCAGCAUUGAGGGCCUUCUGGCAGUUCCCUCACUACGAGAAACCAAGUUACAGGGAACCAGGCAGAGGACCUUCUCGGUAGUGGCACCUGCCCUGUGGAACGUCCUUCCAGCAGAUGUCACAGAGAAAAACAACUACCAGACUUUUAGAAGACAUCUGAAGGCAGCCCUGUUUAGGGAAGCUAUUUAAUAGGUUAUUGUCAGGGAACUGCCAUCGGAAGGAAGGGAGGUGAAAGGGCUCACACAGGUUGGGAGAGACUCAGCAGCUGAAGAGGGAACCAGUAGGGGGAGAGGAGCUGAGCUGAGGGAAAGUGAGCUGGAGGGAUGGCUCAGAGACACUUCCAGCGAAAACAGUGGGGAGGUUUCAGGACCUCCUGUAGGAACACCCACUCCUCGCCGGAAACUGUCACGCAGAGAGUCCAGAAGACGUGUUUCCGUUAAGGAGCUUUUAUGUUGGAAGCGAUUCCGAAAGCAACCACUGUCGGAAUCUGCUAGUGACUAGAGGAGCCAUGUCUGAGGGGCUCCGUCACAGACAGAGGUUUGUGAACUUGAACAAACUCUGAGGGGAUACUAUUUUACGCACAAGCAGCUCAUCAUCCCAUCACAGCAUUCCGACAGUCUUUGAAAGCAGCUUGUGCAGGAGAAGGCAUCAUGAGCAACCCAGCCGGAACCGGAGAAGCAGGAGCUGGAGCGGGUCCAAGCCUGGAAGAAAGGUACCGGGUGUUGGAGGUCCAGCUAGCGCUGCAGACGGCGAGGCUUGGAGGAGAGGAGGGCUCAGGAUGCAGACAAAAGGGAAAGCCACCCAGCUCGCCAGAAAGGUACCAGGAUUGGUGCAGAAGUUUGGGGGGGAGCCCAAAGACUAUCAUGGCUUUCGGACAGAGAUGCAAUAUGCCCUCAAUCUGCAGUUUGAUGAAUUCCCUGACGAGGAAUCACGAGUGGCUUUCGUGAUUGGGCAUCUUGAAAAGGGGGCAAGAGACUGGGUUAGACCCCUGAUGGCAGCGAAUAGUGACGUCCUAAAGGACACGAUGAAGUUCUUUCGCGCCAUGGAUCUGAUGUUUUCCAGCGAUAUUGAACAGGGAGUGGUGCGCAGACAGUUAAUGGCUUGCAAACAGGGGAGCCGAUCUGUCCGUGAGUACUGGACUGAGUUCACCAUGCUGGUUCACAGAUUGGGGUGGGACUUAUCGGCGGAACCCAUUCAAAUGCUCUUUGAAGAAGGGCUUUCUUCGGCUGUGAAAGACGAACUUUCCCGGGCGCCCAGGGCGGAGUCUAUGGACCAGCUGACCAAAUCAGCGCUGACCAUAGGAGCGCGCCAGGAGGCGAGAGCAUUGGAGAGGCGGGAAGGGAAGGGGAACGUUGGAAGGAGUUCCGCAUUCCAGACAUUCCAGAGCCAACUUUCCCGCCGGCAGAGCCGAUGGAAAUCGGAACAGCGCGCGCGCGCAGUUUCAAAGCCCAGUGAGGGGGGAAAGAAGGAGGGAAAAGGCGCCCGGAAUGCUAUCUCUGCCAACAGCCAGGUCACUUUGCCAGAGUCUGCCCCCAGAGGAAGGAAUGGCAAGGGAUGGUAGGAGCUGUGGAGGGAAGAGAGGAAGAAAUACCGGAGCAAGUAAAAGCCAACGCCUGGCUGCCACCGUCGGGGCACAGCAGCCAGGCCAAAGAGCAGUGAGAGUGCCCACGCCAGAACCUCCUAAACCCGCCCUAGUGAUAGAAGUGACGCUAGAGCUGCCAAACGGACACCCUCUAAAGAUAAAGGCGCUGUUGGACUCAGGCAGCUCCUGCAAUUUCAUGAGCAAAGAGUUUGCAGCUGAACACCAGAUACAGACGAUCCCUUUAAGCAACCCCUGCAGGUGACCACGAUCGAUGGCAGGGAGCUGUUGGGAGGAGAAGUCAGCUUGCAGACCGUCCCAAUGAUAAUGAAGGUGGCAAGGCACACCGAACUGAUAGCGUUUAAUGUGGCCACCUUGGGAGGAGCUCCCAUUAUAUUGGGGAUGAGCUGGCUAGCGUUACAUGAUCCGCUGGUGGGCUGGCAUCAGAGAGUGGUUUCUUUUGGUUCAGCACAUUGCUUAGAACACUGCAAAGAGGGAAAGGGUUUGGCAGGGGCCCAAGCCACCCUAGCAGGGACUGAAGUAACGGAGAACGUGAAGGUACCACGACAAUACGCAGAUCUCCGCGACGUAUUCAGCGAAAGGGAAGCUGACCAACUACCCCCGCAUAGACCCUUUGACUGUCAAAUCAAUUUACUCCCUGGGGCACAGCUCCCUGUAGGCAAGCUGUACGCCAUGUCAGACAGAGAGAUGCAGGAGCUAAGAGAGUUCAUUGACAAGAACCUGAAGAGAGGGUUCAUCAGAGAGUCCAGGGCGGUGGGGGCAGCCCAGUGUUUUUGUGGAUAAAAACACGAACAAGCCGAGGCUGGUGUGUGACUUCAGGGCCUUAAAUGCAGUGUCAGAACCAGUGGCCUUCCCUAUGCCCAGGAUUGACGACAUUUUGACAAGGGUGCGGAAGGGAAAGAUUUUCACAAAGCUGGACCUAAGGGGGGCGUACAACCUGAUACGAAUAAGGAAGGGGGAUGAAUGGAAAACCACCAUGUUCACCCCUUUAGGGGCAUUUGAAUAUUUGGUUAUGCCCUUCGGCCUACAAGCAGGCUCCGCAUGCGUUCAAUCGUUUAUGAACCACGUCCUGGGGCCUUUGCUUUACAAGAAUUGUGUGGCCUUCUUAGACGACGUGUUGGUGUAUUCUGAGAAUGAGGAGCAGCAUGUGAGAGACGUCAGAGAAGUGUUGAGCAGGCUGCAAGCCAACCAGCUGUGGGUGAAACUGGAGAAGUGUCAGUUUCAUACCAAGGAGGUGGAAUUCCUGGGGUAUCGCCUGUCAGACAAGGGAUUGGCCAUGGAUCCCGGCAAGGUCCAGGCGGUGCUGGAAUGGAAAACACCCAAAACAAGGAAGGAUGUGCAGAGGUUCCUAGGAUUUGGGAACUUCUAUCGUAAGUUCAUCCGAAACUUUGCCCACCUGACGGCGCCCAUUACGAACUGUCUCAGCAGUAAGAAGAAGUUCGUUUGGACUGAGGAGGCGGAGCGAGCAUUUGAGGAACUAAAAAGGGCCUUCGCCUCGGAACAACAACUCCUGCAUGUGGAUUUACAAAAACCGAUGAGAGUGGAAACUGAUGCAUCAGACAGAGCGAUUGGGGCGGUGCUUCUGCAGCCAGGGAAGGAGGAGUCAGAGUGGAGACCGUGUGCUUUUUUUUCGCGAAAGCUGAACAAAUCCGAGAGGAACUACACGGUGUAUGACCGAGAACUACUAGCCAUUCAUGAGGCGUUCCGGAGAUGGAGGCACCUGCUAAUUGGCGCACAACAUAAGGUGCAAGUGUGCACUGACCACAAGAACCUAGAGUAUUGGAGGACGGCACGAGUGCUCAACCAACGGCAAGUGAGAUGGGCCCAGGAGUUCUCCAAAUUUAACUUUGAGAUUGGUUACGUGCCAGGCCCAGAGAACAUUAGGGCGGACGCUCUCUCACGCAAACCUGAAUAUUUGGAGGGGAGGGAGCACCCGAAGAGAGACAUGUCAUUCCAGAGGACCGCUGGGUGUGUGGGGCGGCAUUGGUGGGACAAAGAGAACUGGUAGAGGAAACAGAGAAUGAUGAAUACGCCCAGAAUAAGCUCAGAGGUCUUAGGGGUGAGGGAGAGGAACCAGGGGGUUUCGAGGAAAGAAAUGGAGCUUUGUAUUACAAAGGGGCACUGUAUAUCCCUGAAGGAGACUUAAGGGGAGGGUACUCAAGCAGUGGCACGACAGCCCUACGGCGGGGCAUUUUGGACAACACAAAACCAUGUGGUUGGUCACCAGGGAAUUUUGGUGGCCUAAGGUGAGGGAAGAUGUACGUGAGUAUGUAAGAGGGUGCGAGCAAUGCCAGCGAGCCAAAGGGGAAAGGCGGGCGCCGGCGGGGCUAUUAGAACCCUUACCAACCCCAGAACGACCUUGGGAGGCAGUGUCGAUAGAUUUUAUGACUGAUCUGCCGAAGUCCAAAGGGAAAACAGCCAUCAUGGUGGUGGUAGACCUACUAACAAAGAUGUGCCACUUUGUAGCUUGCUCGCAUGCAGUCACGGCGGAAGAGACAGCGAAGUUAUUUGUAGAACACAUUUUUAGGUGGCACGGGGUGCCAUUGAGGGUGGUCUCAGACCGAGGAAAACAAUUUACUUCCAGGUUCUGGAGGAAGCUCAUGAGCUUACUGCAGGUGGAGGUCAAUUUUUCGACUGCCCGGCACCCUGAAACCAACGGGCAGGCGGAAAGAGCAAACGGUGUCCUCCAGCAAUACCUGAGGUGUUAUGUCAAUGACAGAGAGAAUGACUGGGUAGAAAAGUUGGCGCUGGCGGAAUUUGCCUACAACAAUGCCGAGAAUGUGUCCACAGGGAUGAGCCCCUUCUUGGCUAAUUAUGGGUGUCAUCCCAGGGCUUUCCCAGGGGAGAUGGGGAGAGAUGGAGCGUCCCGGCAGCCGAGCAUUUUGUGGAAGAAAUGGAAGCAAUCCAUCGUCAGCUCCAACUCAACUUAGAAAGGGCGAAGGAAGAAUACAAGAGGCAGGCAGACAAGAACCGAAGGGAAGGUGAAACCAUAAGGGUGGGAGAUAGGGUGUGGCUGUCAACCCAAGGGUUGCCGUUCAAAGGAGGUUGUAAGAAAUUAAGACCCAGGAGGUUGGGUCCCUUUGAGGUCAUUCAACAGGUCAACCCAGUGGCUUUCAGGCUCCGGUUACCCAACCACAUGAAACUGCACCCAGUAUUUCACAGGUCGUUACUGUCACCGUACGAAGGGGGACGAGAAGGGAUGGCCACUCGGGGACCAGUCAUAGAAGAAAGAGAAUGCAGCAGCCAUGUGGCAGAAAUCCUCGACGCCAGGUGGAAGGGGGAUCAGGUGGAGUAUUUGGUAGCGUGGGAAGGAGAACCGGAGUCAGAAAACACUUGGGUAAUGGCCGAAGAUAUCAAUGACGAGGUAUUGGUAGAAACGUUCCAUCAAAGGUUCCCAAGGAAACCUCAGCCUGUGGAGAGGUUCCGGAGGGAAUACUUUGGGACCACUGAUGAGGAGGAGGAGUUGGAAGGAUUCCCGGACUCGGAAAGGGAGAUGGACUCUGAGGAGGAGGAGUACUUCGAGACCAGGAACCGCAACAGGUGGAGAGAAGUGUUCGAGACAUCGGAAGAUGAAGGAAGUUCAUUCCGGGGUUUUGCCUCCUCACCGCCCGUAGAGGAGGGGGCGAGAGGGGGUGAAAGGGGCCCUGGAGGGGAGGUGGAUGUCAGGGAACUGCCAUCGGAAGGAAGGGAGGUGAAAGGGCUCACACAGGUUGGGAGAGACUCAGCAGCUGAAGAGGGAACCAGUAGGGGAGAGGAGCUGAGCUGAGGGAAAGUGAGCUGGAGGGAUGGCUCAGAGACACUUCCAGCGAAAACAGUGGGGAGGUUUCAGGACCUCCUGUAGGAACACCCACUCCUCGCCGGAAACUGUCACGCAGAGAGUCCAGAAGACGUGUUUCCGUUAAGGAGCUUUUAUGUUGGAAGCGAUUCCGAAGCAACCACUGUCGGAAUCUGCUAGUGACUAGAGGAGCCAUGUCUGAGGGGCUCCGUCACAGACAGAGGUUUGUGAACUUGAACAAACUCUGAGGGGAUACUAUUUUACGCACAAGCAGCUCAUCAUCCCAUCACAGUUAUUGUAUUUUAAUAUUUUGUUGGAAGCCACCCAGAGUUAUUACACACACACACAAGUUUUAUUUCUGUCAGUGUUUAAUUGUGGAACGCCCUCCCUUCAGAUGUGAAGGAAAUAAGCAGCUAUCCUAUCUUUAAAAGACAUCUGAAGGCAGCCCUGUUCAGGGAAGUUUUUAAUAUUUAAAGCUGUACUGUUUUUAACAUUUGAUUGGGAGCCGCCCAGAGUGGCUGGGGAAACUAAAUAAAUAAAUAAUAAUAAUAAUAAUAAUAAUAAUAAUAAUAAUAAUAAUUGAAUGAUUGUUUUCUCUCUCUAUAUUUUUAAGUGGUUUAGCUGUUCUUAUUUUUUUCUGUAAGUUGCCUUGAGUCCCUGUCAGGAAAAAGGCAGGGUAUACAGAUGAUGAUGAUGAUGAUGAUGAUGAUUGGCUGGGGCUGAUGGGAAAUGCCCCCCACACCUGGUGGGGAUCAGGCUGAACUAGACAGCUGCCUUAAUGCAACAAAAAGAACUGACUUACUGGCGUGCUCUUUCCCUAGGCUGAACUUUAGGGCUGCAUAAAGUUGAGAAAUGUAGCAAAGUCAGUUUGAUCUUGCAGCAUAACUGAGCAGUAAGAUUGCAAUGAUAUGCUCCACUUUAUUGAAUUUCCAUCUUUUCUACCAGAUUUAUGCGGUUCUGUGAGUGGCCAAAAGAGUCAAGAGUUUUAAUUCUUUUCUUUCAAAGUACUAAUGCCCUGUUCCAUAAAAAAAAUGCAUCUAAGUGGCUUACCUAGAAAAUACAAAAAUAUAUAGACAAGACAUUUAAAAAGUCACCAAAUUCAUUUCUGGAGGCAAAUGUAUCUGGGUGAAUAUUUAGGCCUCCUCCUUUUGAAGUCAUUUAGAUGACACACAGCUAUUUACUGUCAGGAAACGGGAGUUCGAUAAUGGUGACUCAACCUCGUUAGAAAGCUAUAGUUUUUUUUAAAAUAAGAUGAUGUCACAAUAACGUGAAGCUUUUGAAGCUUCUUGAUAAAUUGAGGUUAGCAAGACUAUUGUCAGCAUGGGGAUGACAUGCCCAAAGAAACCUCGCCGCAGUCAAAGAGACUUUUGUUUUGGAUGAGUUCUUAGAUAGCUAAUUAAGGGUCGUUGAUGGUAAAGCUGCUCAAGCUACAAUCCUGUGCAAGCAUACCUAGCAGUAUUUGCGAUGUCCUGUUAUGUUCUAUGCUUUGGGAUUCAUUUGAAUGAAAAGUGUAUAGCAAUAUAAUAAAUCAAAUCAAUUAAUCAGACACUCUCUAGCUCAUAGCCUAUAGGAGCACUGGCGCAGUCCUAGAGAAUUCACACAUGCAUCCCAAGCAAACCUCUUUGUUCCUUUUUCUACUGCUGUUUGUCUCCCCACCCAGUGCCGGAUUUACGUAUAAGCUAAACAAGCUAUAGCUUAGUGCCUCACUCUCUUGGGGGCCCAAAUUUUUUUUAAAGGAAAAAUAAACUUAUAAUCUUAUAUUCCAAAAUAUAAGAUAAAAAACAAAUAAAAUAAAACCUACACACAGCAACAGUGUUUUGUGUUGUGUAGGCUCCUAUGAUGUAAGUAAUGCUAGCCUGCUCCCUAAAAUAUCACUGGUUUGCUCAUUUCUCUAUAUAGGGUGCCUAGAUUCUGCAUGUGCAAAUGGCUUUAGAUACCUAUUAGGUCCAUAAAUUACCAUAUAGCAUAUAUUCAACUCAAAAAACAGCAACAAUUUGUUGUUGACAAAGGACAGCUGGACAUAUAAAGGGCCCCGUUACCUUCAGUAGCUUAGGGCUUCAUCAAACCUAAAUCCGGCCCUGUCCCUACCUCUUCCCUUUUUCCUUAGGGAGGGCCUUAGACCCAGGUUUUCUGAAAGACCAUAUUCUCCUGUAUGAACCUGGCUAGGCUCUGAAAUCCUUGGGAGAGGCCCUUCUCUCAGUCCUGCUACCCUCUCAGGUGGGGAUGCAGGAAAGGGUCUUCUUGGUGGCUGCUCCCAGACUUGGGAAAUCCCUUCUUAGAGAGGUUAGACUGGCUCCCUCCUUGUUGUCCUUCCCCUGGCAGGUGAAGACUUGUUUUAUUCUUACAGACCUUUGGGAACUGACUGUUCCCCCACCACCACCCAGGAAAGGGCUUUAAUAGCGCAGUAAUUUUUCUUAUUAUCUGAUUUUGAAACAGAUUUGCUGUCUUUAUUGUUUUGAAUCUAUUAGACUUUUUAAUGGUUAUCUUUUCUAUAUUUUCCAACACAUUUAUCUGUGUUGUUUUAAUUUCUGUAAUCUGCUUUUCUGUCCUGGUCUGGGGAAAAAGGUGGGAUAGAAUAAAAAGUCUAGGUAAAGAAAGUGUCUCUUGCAUGUCUACCCCUCUGAAAUCUUUCACAUGUGCUGUCUAUGACUCAAAUGUUCUAGCAGGUCCCUAGAUGGUUCUUUCCUGUUGUUGGUCAGUUCUUCUGUCUCUUUAGAAGGUGGCCAUGCAUAACUCCUUACCGUAAAGUGCAAAAUAGGACAGAGGUCAAAUCCACCAGGUUGGGCGAUGCUAUCCUGGUUGGUCAAGCCCAGCCUAUGGUAGCGUCUGUGUCAUGGGCUCAGGCCUCGAACGGGAGAAAAAGUCAGGCUUGCUGUCAAUGUGACAGGUCCAAAGACAGCUCCAAGGCGCACCUGUGGUGCAGGAAAGAGAAGUGGAAAGCAGAUGGUUAUAUUGAACAACGCUGUAAGCCAUCUCUUGCAUUUAGGAGAGCUGAGAUAAAACUUCUUUAAGAGCUUGGAGGCAUAGAUUAGUUUAGCUUAACAAUAGAGCUCUGAGAUAAGAGAUGGCAGCCAGUGACUUAGAGACCAGGAGCUAAACACUGCGGCGUGCCUAAGGAAAUCAAUCGAAGAUAAUGUGUAAUCAUUUGGGAGCUGAGGUUAUGUGUAAAGUGUUCCUUGUUGUACAGGCUUGGAUUUUGUGUGUGUUUGUAUGCGAGAUGGGGGAGGAGGUACCCUAAUUGUUUCUAAAGAACAUCUAGAGGUCUCCAUGCUGCCAUCCUAAACACAACUGCAGUGUUAAAGAUGUUUCUGAUGCAGUGGCAUGUGAGCUUAAAAUUAAUAGUAUUUAUUACUCACCACCUACAAAGCACCUAAAUUUUAAGCACUGGGCAGAUAUUCAAAUAUAAGACAGACCCUGCUUGCAGGUUUGAAAUCUCAUAAGCACAUUGCAAAAGGAAAAAUGGAAAGGUGAGGGUAGAGGAAAGCAAGCGCUGGAGCAGAUGGAGUUGUGCGGCCAGGUUGGCUUUCCCCCUUGUCAGGAUGUUGUUGUCCCUGGGAGGGCAGGAAUAAUGAAAUAAAGAUGAAACCCAGAACUUGCAUUGUUGUUUUCCAUUUACUCCCACCUGAUGAUGCAAUCUGCCUUGGUUGGGAGUAAUCUGAUUUGAAGGUGAAGUUUCAACCUUCCCAGCAAGGUGCACCAAGGCAGCUUGUCUCUGUUGUGCAUUCCAUCAAGGUGGCCUUCCAACAUUUUACAUGCAGCUUGUUCACUUAUUACAUUGUGUGGACUUGCCAAAAGUGUGGCAUCCAACAGGGCUCUGAGCACUUUUUUAGCAGCAGGUUAACAAGUGUGUGUGCACGUAUGCAUGUAUGUGUCUGUACACACACACACACACACACACACACACACACACACAGUUUCUAAAGUGAGUUAACAAGCAGUUGACUGGAGGACCAUUUAAACUGAUUCCUCCCACUGUGCUUUUCUGUUCACAUUGUAAAUAUUCUAUUGAGGUGAUUUCCUCCCCUCCACUUCCACACUGCUCUUGGUUUAAGAGGAAUUCUUGCAGCUGAAUAAUAGGAGCACAGAGAGCAAAUCACAAUAGUCCUUUUUGGGUGGGGGAGUUGGCGUCUUCCUGUAAAAGAGUUGCAUUGACAGAAAUAUGGGAAGCAGUGCUUUAACCUGGGCUUCAGGUAAAAGCUGUGUGCAUAAGUGAGUUCUGACUGUUGCACACUGAUGCAUUCCCACGCAAUAAAUGCUUCUGGCUAGGGCAAGGCUGUGCACAAGAUCCUGUGCGGAAAAAGGGGAUGUCUUGUUUUUUCCGGUCCACUUGGAAGCUAUGAUACUCUUGAGUAAAACUUAGUUGAAAUGCCUCUUGAGUGGCUGGAUGCAGAAUAGUGUCUGUAUGUGUGGAAACCAGCCUACUGUACAAAGGUGUAAAAUUCAUAUUUGCUGCUCUGCCCCUUUUGCCUCUGGUCCUGCCCAAUCCAGACUGUGGCCUCUGAAACCGAGCCUAGAAGAGAAUGUGGCCCCCAGACUAUUCCACCUUUGCCUUAUUGGCACUGGCCCAUUCACUGCUUCUCUAACACGACACAGCGAUUCACCACUGCCAUGCUCUUGCAGAGCCCUCACUCACCGAAACGUCAGUUGUUGUGUAUCAGGAGGAAUGAUCCCAGAUCAAAAUAUCUGAUGCCUUCCGUUUGACGGAUGACACCUCUUUUGUUCUAACUCUGCAGCUUCUGAUUACCAAGUUGUGAUUAAUGAUGUAUCAGAGAGAGAGAGAGAGAGAGGGUUUUUCAGGUCUGGACUGGCAGAGGGGAAGAUUCCUGGGAUGACCAGGUGCAAUGGAGGUGAGCAAGACUCCUGCCUCUUUGAGAAGUUGCUUAGAAGUGGGCUGGGAAGGGCCAUAGCUCUGUGGACUUGUUUUGUGUGCCGAAGGUCCCAGGUCCAAUCCCUGGCACCUCCAAUAUGGUCCCCAUCUUCAAAAGGGGGGAAAAAGAAGACCCAGGUAACUACUGACCUGCCAGCUUGAUGUCGAUAAUUAAAUGGUCAGUUUAUGAGCACUUGGGAAAGGAUGAUGUGAUUACUAACGCCCAGCAUGGAUUUCUAAAAAAACAAAUCAUUCCAGACAAAUCUGAUUUUUUAAAAAAUAGAGUUACAAGCUUGGUGAAUCAGAGGAAUGCUGUGGAUGUAGUGUAUCUUGAUUUCAGUAAGGCUUUUGACAAAGUCCCCCAUUAUAUUCUUGCAGAGAAGCUGAUAAAAUGUGGGUUGAACGAGGUAACUCUUGGGUGAAUUUGUCUCUGGUUUACUGACCAAACCCAAAAAGUGCUUACUAAAGAACCACCCAGAGUGGCUGGGGCAACUCAGUCAGAUGGGCAGGGUACAAAUAAUAAAAUAAUAAUAAUAAAAUAAUAAUAAUAAUAAUAAUAAUAAUAAUAAUAAUAAUAAUAUUUAUUUAUUUAUUUCCUCAUCAUUGUGGGGAAAGGGGACAAGCGGGGUGUGUGUGUCGCAGGGUUGUCUUCUGGGCCUGUUGUUGUUCAAGGGUUUUAUAAACAUUUUGGAUGAAGGAAUUGAGGGGAUGUUCAUCCAAUUUGCAGGUGAUACCGAACUGCGAGGGGUAGCUAAUGCCGCAGAAGACAGAAUUGAGACUCAAGAUUAUCUUGACAGAUUGGAGAACUGGGACCAGACUAACAAUAUGAAUUUCAAUAGGGACAAUUGUAAGGUUCUACACUUAGGCCGGAAGAACCAGAUGCACAAAUAUAAGAUGGGGGACACCUGGCUUGACUCUAUUUCGCUGCCCCAUCUCACCUCAUCACUUUCUGCCUUCUAACGAAAGCAUAGUGAUAUGUGCCGCCUGAGACCUCUUGCAUUCUGCAGGAGAUAUGAAUGAACUCAUAGGCAGGGGAAUGAUUUGACAGAUGAAUUUGGUGGGUUUGUUCUGCAGGCGGAUUACCUGCAAAACCGCUUUAAGUUUCUGACAUGCUUAGCUUCAUGAGACACUGAAAUUAUUCAGAAAGCCGAUUACAGCUCUAUUCCAAUUAAAAUGAAUAAAAAAGGCAGUGCCGACUCAACUGCUGCCUCAUUGCCUGACAGAGCCUGGGAGAUCAGGAAUACCCUUUGGGCCUAUCCUCUCCAUCUCCUUCCAUUCACAAGCUCCUCCUCUUUCAGGCGACAUCCGCAAUAUAUAUUUAAAUCUGUAUGUUAAGUUGUGGGUAAACAUAUCAGACGACACAGCGAUUCUCUAAACAGCUCUUGUUUAUUCAGAGGCCAGAACAGAACUGAACUGAAGGGUUCAGCCAGCCUGCUUAUAUAGAGCUCCGGUACAACGUAACUGUAACAACUUCCUGUAACUAUCCAAUCACUGAACGUCACUUUCAAUCCCUUAUUUGCAUAUGUGGACCUGAACUAUCUACAGUAUCCCUCUGCUGGCCCAGGGUGAGAACUUCAGUACAUAACAUGUAUCAUCCCAAUUUACGCAGUCAUGGCUGUCCCCCUGAAGAAUCCUGGGAGCUUUAGUUUGUUAAGGGUGCUGGAGUUGUUGGGAUCAGCACUGUUUUUCUAGAAAUGGAGGUGCUGGAACUCGCCAUGAAUGCUUCCCUUGUUCCCCUGUAAUGGCAAUGGCGCCCACCUGAGAGGUGCCAGAACUGAGUUCUGGCAAGUUCCUGCUGAAAAAAGCCCUGGUAAGGAGACCCCUGUUUCCCUCAGAGCUAAAUUUUCCAGAGAUCUCUGGGAAGGGUGAUUGAUGAACCACUUUGGAAGUUAUAGCUCUGAAGCAGCUCUGAAUGCCAGUCACUGGAAAGCAACAGCAAGGGAGAGUCUUUGUGCUUGUGUACUGUUUGUGGGCUCCUCUAGGCAUUUGGUUAACCACUGUGGGAAACAGAAUGCUUGAAUGGGUGGUCCUUUGGUUUGAUAGAGAGAGACUCCUUACAUGUUCUUAACCUACAGAUGGGGCAUAAUCUUCUUCAUAGGAUCCUCCUUUCAGGUUUACUUUUCUUUCCUGGUGACCUCCUAAAUCUCAGAUUUUGAUGGCUGUUGGGAAUCAUUUUCAAGGUUUUCUGUUGGGUCAGAAGGGUUUUAAUUAUAUUGAUUUCUAAAUUGUGGGAUUUUGCUUUGCUGCUGCCAGAGGGAGUUUGUUUUAAUCUUGCUGAGUAAUGGUAGAAGAUAGCAUUUUCUUUGCACUCAGUUGAUUGGAGAUAACGCUUUGUUUGCACCAUGCAGAACAGGAGUCAGCAAGAUUUACCUCGCCUGGGCCGGUUCACUCCAGCGGAGAUCCCUCCGUGGGCUGGAUCACGUGAGCGCAUGAGUGUGCGCAGCCGCAAUUUCUGGCGUCUGCAUCUACGCAGAUGUAAUUUUCGGCAUCUGAGCAUGCGCAGACGUGAUUCCUGGCACCACGGAAGCGAGUCAUGCCGUGCUGCGCCAGUUUGAUAAACACAGAGGCUGUGAAAAGUAAUGAGGAUUAACAUCAGAAUGAUUUACGGGAACUAUCGUGAAAAUUAUGAAAGCAGUAGAAGUAUGAGAUGAUCAGAGCCCCCCAACCUCAGAACAUGGGAAGAUACCUUCAAUUUUUAAAAAUAAUUUGGCAUAAUAUUUGGACUGUUUGAUUAUUCAAUAAUAUGUACAAUUUGGAAUAUUUAAUAUCGUUUGAUUGGAUUGUUAAAGUGGAAAAUUUAUUAAGGAGUUUUUUUUUUAGUUUAGCGCAGUGCGCGGGGACUCGCUGAGCAGGUGACUCGGUUCAGGAAUGGCUCGUGGGCCGGCUAAAUGACCUCCGUGGGCUGCUUGUGGCCCAUGGGCCUUAGGUUGCCUACCCCUGAUGCAGAAUGACUGAAGGUCAUAGCAAUGCCUUUGGUGCAAAGGCUUAAUUCUAGCCCUUGACUGAUCACCCUUAAAUGUAUAAAAUAUCUCAGCCAUAAUUUCUUGGCUCCCUCUCUUGUUGCGAAUGCCGCUGCAUUGUCAGCACACAGCCGACGCGUUUUCUGAUAUGUCGCCCAUUUUACCCUGCCUCUCCCGAAGUCCUAAUGUCUCUUUCUUUAAUUGAAUGCUGCAUUGGGCUUCCUAGAGCUAAUUUUGCUGGGGUUGUCAUGUUCGAUGCAAGAGCAAAGGAUAUGGUGGAUGCCGCACUUUUUAAAACUCGCUGGCAGGAAAUCACAUUACACUCAAUGUAAUUACAUUGUUCUAGAAAUGUGAUUAUGUGUUUCAACGACCAACUUCCCAUUAAAUUACUUCAGAUCCGUCUCAAUCUAUAGGACAGAAUCCUCCUGAUUUAGAUGUUAAAAGUGUAAUAAAUCCGAGGCGGAACAAUCUGCAUUUCUAUUUUAUACUGCCAUCUGAAGCUGCCGCUUCCACUGUUGCAAUUUCACCCCGCUCCGGUAAGACAUAGCUCACCUGCUUAACUGGAUGGGGAAAACCUGGGCCUCAGCUUUUUGGGAUGAUUAUGGCCUGUAGUUUUGCUGUGCCGUGCAGAAGAGUGUCUAGCUAGGUAAUUUCUGCACUUUACAAAUAUCUGGAGGGCUGCCACGUAAAGGAGGGCAAAGAUUUGUUCUCUGCAGCCCCAGCGGGAAGGUUCAGAUCUAAAGUGCUGAAGGUACUGGAGGCCAGGUUUUGGAUGAACUUUUGGAGCACUUCCUUCCUUCUUUUCUAAAAAUACCUCUGUACCAUUAUUUCGUAAAGAAGAUGAAAGCGGGUCUGUCGCUGGCAUUCGUCUGUCUUGAGAGACAAUGUAGCGUGCCUCCGAGGGGGAAGUCAAACCGUUGUGUUAUCAGCACUGAAGUGACCUCCUUGGGACGCAGGUCUGGGCAGUGUCUGGAGGUCCUGGACUGACCAGAGAACAAGACCCCCUUCUUGGCUUGGCUGAUGUGGUCCAAGGGAAAGUAGAGCAUGGCUGCAGGAGUUGCCAGAAGGAGGCUUACAAGGUGCCAUCCAGUCGUCUUAGGGACUCCAUUCCAGAUUUGUGUAGAGAUUACUCCAUUUACUCCUGAGCCUUUUCUUCUCCUGAUGAUAUCCUGCAAGGCAGCAGAGGUUUAGGACCAGGUCUUUCCAUCUCCUAAAUGGGCUACUUUCCCAGGUUCUCAUCUGCCCCUCACUUCCCUUUAGAGCAUGUGCAGAAACUGCCUUCUUGACCGUUGGACCCAGUAUUGGUCUGGUCUGCUCAAUUCACCUGCAGGGGAAGUCCCUAACUCACCGAGGGUUUGAGACCCAUUGGCUUCCCUCAUCUGGUUUAGCUGGCCAGUCAAAGUUGUUUCCUGGGGGUGGCCACUGUUGCAUGCUGACAUUUUCUAGGAAUGUGUGAGUUGAGAGGGCAGUGCAGGGUGGGGACCAAUGGUGGAUAAGCUACCCCCAAAGGAGCAUACUGUGUCCCCCAACAGAGGUAUUAUCCCUCCCCUUACACCCAAUACCUCCAAAUCUAUCUAUCAUCUAUCUGUCUAUCAUCUAUCUAUCAUCUAUCUAUCUAUCUAUCAUCUAUCUAUCAUCUAUAUCUAUCAUCUAUCUAUCUAUCUGUCAUAUCUAUCUAUCUAUCUAUCUAUCUAUCUAUCUAUCUAUCUAUCAUCUAUCUAUCUAUCUAUCUAUCAUCUAUCUAUCUAUCAUCUAUCAUCUCUAUCUAUCAUCUAUCUAUCUCUAUCUAUCUAUCUAUCUGUCUAUCUAUCUAUCUCUAUCUAUCUAUCUAUCUAUCUAUCUAUCUAUCUGUCAUAUCUAUCUAUCUAUCAUCUAUCUAUCUAUCUAUCUAUCUAUCUAUCAUCUAUCUAUCUAUCAUCUAUCUAUCAUCUAUCAUCUCUAUCUAUCAUCUAUCUAUCUCUAUCUAUCUAUCUGUCUAUCUAUCUAUCUAUCUAUCUCUCUAUCUAUCUAUCAUCUAUCUAUCUCUAUCUAUCUAUCAUCUGCAUGUUUGUCUUAUCUAUAAAGGUAAAGGUAAAGGGACCCCUGACAGUUAAGUCCAGUAGUGAACAACUCUGGGGUUGCGGCGAUCAUCUCGCUUUACAGGCCAAGGGAGCCAGCAUUUGUCUGCUCCACAGAGUUUUUCCAGGUCAUGUGGCCAGUGUGACUAAGCCGCUUCUGGUGCAACGGAACACCAAAGCCAGAGAAGUGCACAGAAAUGCUGUUUACCUUCCCACCGGAGUGGUAUCUAUUAAUCUACUUGCACUUUUUGGUGUGCUUUCGAACUGCUAGGUUGGCAGGAGCUGGGACUGAGCAACAGGAGCUCACUCCGUUGCGGGGAUUCGAAUGGCCAACCUCUCUGAUCGGCAAGCCCAAGGCUCAGUAGUUUAGACCACAGUGCCACCCGUGCCCCAAUUGUCAGUCUAUAUAUACAAUAAAAGACAUGUAAAAAUGUUGAAUCACAGAUCACUAGCUAACUGUUACAGGUGUUGCUUUCUUAAUUGCCUGCAUUAACCUGGGAGCAUAGUGUUUGUUUGUUUGUUUGUUUUAGCACAUACAGUAGUUUAAAGGUUAAGAUAGAACAUGCUUGCUGAAUCCCUGUUGGCAGAGCAUUUGAAAGGACUGGUAGGUGACACUCAAGGCUCGGAUUUGUGUGUAUGUCAAAUGAGUCUCACCAUCUUUGGGGAUGACCAAGAAUGCUCCUGCAGAUGAUCUCGGUGAUCAAGGUGGGACAGGAGAGUUGAGGUGCUUUUUAAGGUACCCUGGACCUAUGUUGUUAAGCACUGUGCAAAUUAAUACAAGGACUCAGCAGUCAAUGGGCAACCAGUGCAGAUGUUCCCUUCAUCAAUCAUGGGCUUAACUAGAUGACUUCCAAGACCUCCUUCAGCUCUGUGAUAAUAUAAACAAAGAGUAUGCAUUUUCAACUGAAUCACACCCUCCCACCCAGGUGUCAAAAUGUAUCCAGAUUUAGUUGGUUUGGGCCACAACCUUACGUGUGCUUUCUUGGGAGUAAGCCCCAUUGAACAUACUGAGAUGUACACAGUAGGGAAAGGCUACAAUGCCCUAAUAAGUUUUUACUUUCUGUGCAGAAAGUCCCAGGUUCAGUCCUUGGUAUAUCCAGGGAAGGUUGGGAGAGCCUCCUGUCUGAAAUCCUGGUGAGCUGCUGCCAGCCAGUGUCGGUAGUACUGAGCUAGCUGGAGCAAUGGUGUCAGUCUCAGUAUGAGGCAGCUACCUAGUUCCCCAUGACUUACUUUUAAGCAAACUCACAUAGGAUUCUGCUGUAAUCCCAUUAGCGUUAACCAGUUGAUUAAACUCUCUAGUUUCUGCUUCUGUUUCUCUCCUUCAGCCCUAGGCCACGAAUAAUUAAUAUAUAUAAUUGCAACUGAAGGAAACACAAUGGUAUCAAAUCCAAUUUAAAAACAAGACUUUGCAACCAAAUGCAAGCUGUCAGCAGAAACGUAACAGCCUUGGCUAACAACCUAUCACACUGGAACUAGAAUGUAGUUCUACUUGACUACAUUCACGUUCGUAGUGUCCUUGAUGAUGACUCACAGCAGCUGGAGGAGCCACUGGGAAGAUGACCACUUUAGCCAUAUCUGGGUUCAAACCUCAAGAAGUGGCUGGUGGUGCCCUUUGGGACUGGCAGGGGGGAAAGGCAGGAAGACCAACAGUAGGUGGUGCCAGAGCCAAUGACAGGCAGAGCCCAUCCUCCAGGGGUCAGCAAACUUUUUCAACAGGGGGCCGGUCCACUGUCCCUCAGACCUUGUGGGGGGUGGGACUAUAUUUUGAAAAAGAAAGAAGAUGAAUGAAUUCCUUGGUUGUUUAGUCGUUUAGUCGUGUCCGACUCUUCGUGACCCCAUGGACCAGAGCACGCCAGGCACUCCUGUCUUCCACUGCCUCCUGCAGUUUGGUCAGACUCAUGCUGGUAGCUUUGAGAACACUGUCCCACCAUCUCGUCCUCUGUCGUCCCCUUCUCCUUGUGCCCUCCAUCUUUCCCAACAUCAGGGUCUUUUCCAGGGAGUCUUCUCUUCUCAUGAGGUGGCCAAAGUAUUGGAGCCUCAGCUUCACGAUCUGUCCUUGCAGUGAGCACUCAGGGCUGAUUUCCUUAAGAAUGGAGAGGUUUGAUCUUCAUGCAGUCCAUGGGACUCUCAAGAGUCUCCUCCAGCACCAUAAUUCAAAAGCAUUCAUUCUUCGGUGAUCAGCCUUCUUUGUGGUCCAGCUUUCACUUCCAUACAUCACUACUGGGAAAACCAUAGCUUUUACUAUACGGACCUUUGUUGGCAAGGCGAUGUCUCUACUUUUGAAGAUGCUGUCUAGGUUUGUCAUUGCUUUUCUCCCAAGAAGCAGGAAUGAAUUCCUAUGCCACACAAAUAACCCAGAGGUGCAUUUUAAAUAAAAGCACAUGUUCUACUCAUGUAAAAAUCCGCGGGCCGUGAUUGGGCCGGAUCUGGCCCCCAUGUCUUAGUUUGCCUACCCAUGCCAUCCUCCUCCCCGCUGAGUUCUGCAAGGGGAUCACUGAGAUUAAGGGAGAGGCAGCCCUCUGCUGUUUAUAAAUAAGAAAGCAGGAAGGUGGGAGCUGGGGACUGAGAUUGGUGGAGCAUCACUCGAACUCAUUACUGUCCUCAAGCAGUUAUUGCAGGGGUGGAGAGUCUCAGGACAUGGGGCCAAAUGGGGCCCUCCAGGACUUUUGUUUGGACCCUGGGGCUCUUCCCAACUCACUAGCUGUGCUUCAUGCACUCAUUAAAUGGCUGUUCCGGGCUGGAAUGUGUUAUUGAACUCUGCUAAAGACUCUUGCUCAGUGCUUGGGAAGUUCAUCUUAAAAAGGAAUUAGUCCCAGUUCACCCCCUCCAAAAAAAAAAGGGAAAAUAAUUCCAUUCCAGUUGAAUUUGGUCCUCAGCAUUCCAAAUGCCCUCAGCCUUCAGGGAUUUUACAAGCUGGUCUGCUAACCCCGCUCCACAGUGGAAUGUGAACAAUUGCUUUCUUUAUUUCUCCAAAAGAGUUAUGAUUAUUAAAAAGCAUCAUAUUUUUUUCAAAAAGCUAAAUAUGGUGACUGCAGUGGCCACUAUCAAACACAGUUAAGUUUGAUGAAAACCAUGUGUUUGUGUGUGUAUGUAUGGUGGAAUAAAAACAUAAAUUGAACUGAAUUAAAAUUUCCCCAAAGUUCUGCCAUACCCCCCCCCCAAUUCUGUUCACCUAGAAUUUCUAGGAACUAUUUCCAGGUGUGAUUCAGAGAUUUUUGAAUUAAUUCAGUGAAUUCAUUAAUCUGAAUUAGUUCACCCCAAGUCCUGCUAUCACUUGCCUGGAUGGAGGAGGCUGUGUAGAAGCUAGCCUGCUGUAUGAAAGCAACAUCUACGUUAACAGUUGCUCCCACUUUUGCCUCUGCUCCUGCCCACCAUUGACACGUGACCCCUGGAGGGGUUUCUCAGAACCAAGUCUGGCUCUCAGGCUGAAAAAUGCUCCCUACCUCUGGAUGAGAAACCCCAGAGAGAGUGGGCCUCUGUUUGGUGGCUGCACCCCCUUAACACUUCCUCUUUGCCUAGCCUCGUCACACUCAAUGGAUUGGAAGAGAUGGAUGGAUGGAUUGGCAGGAGCCUUCACUGCAUCCGCAGCUCCCUUGCCCUCUGUAUGAUUUAGAGCAGGCAUAGGCAAACUCGGCCCUCCAGAUGUUUUGGGACUACAACUCCCACCAUCCCUAGCUAAUGGGACCAGUGGUCAGGGAUGAUGGGAGUUGUAGUCCCAAAACAUCUGGAGGGUCAAGUUUGCCUAUGCCUGAUUUAGAACCCUUCUUGCUCCUGCUGCUGUAGUCAGGAAAAAUAUAUAGAAUGCCCUCUUUUCCCCAAACAAUCAGUGAUUAAGAAAGGAACAAGCAGGCAUGGGCAGCCUGUGGCCCUCAGCGUAAUUUCCAAAGCUCUCCACAAGCAACCAGUUCGGACUUCUGGCGAGAGCAAUUCACUUUUGGCAGUUUGCUGGGUGGGGAGGAAGAGUGAAAGAAAAGGGAAUGGGUGUAAGAGAAAUAAUGUGUGUGAGAAGGGGAUGAGAGAGAGAGAGAGAGAGAGAGAGAGAGAGACCCCACCCACUUUUGGAUGUGGCUCCACCCACCGCUGUCUUUGGUCCUGCCCACUGAUGGAAUGUAGCCCUCAGUGGAUUAUCCCUGAAGAAAAGUGGCUCUGAUGGGGAAAAAGACUGUCCAAAAAAGAAACCUUUUUUGCAUACAUUUUCACAAAUGCAACACCGGAAUACAGAGUGCGGAUUUUCUUCUGUAACUUCCUCACAGCAGAGAUAGUGCUUGACACAAGAAGACGCAUGAUGGUAUUGCCUGUCUAAUAAUGCAGAAGACGUUUUUCUCUCUCGAAGUCUCAGCGGCGUGACAGCUUUUCUCAUACCUGGGCAGAGCAGUUAAAUUGUGUUUCAGGAUGUGAUGAAACUUUUUCAUUGAGCACCAGGGUUCUGUUGUAUUAGCAAUUAAGACUAAAUCAUUCUGAAUGAGGAUAUCUCUCAACCUUGUUUAAAUUAUAAUUUAGCUACAGAUUUUCUCGACUCUGAAUAUUAUAUGUGCAAUAAACUUGCCCGUCAAUUCUGGGCCCAAGAGGGUCCCUUAGGAGAAUGUCACUGUUGUGCUUGGAAAGGCGUCUUGAAGAAUCUUCUGAAAUGUGAUAGUUUUGAUUAGCCUCCCCACAAUCUGAUGCUCCCCAGAUAGUACUGGAGUCCCUUGAGUUGGGGGGCUCUGGAGCAGUUUCAAGAAAGGUUAAAUGAACUCCAGAAUACUUUCAUUUCCACCGGAGAUGUUCCAGUUUUGGUUCUUAAUUAUAUCAGCAUAUCCCCAAAGCUUGGCAGAAUAGUUUUUAACAUUUUCUUCUGAUUUUAAAGACCAAAGAGCCUUGCUGGAUCAGAUCAAGGAUCUACCUAGUCCAGCAGUCUGUUCUCACAGUAAAGGUAAAGGUAAAUGUAAAGGGACCACUGACCAUUAGGUCCAUUUGUGACCGACUCUGGGGUUGCGGCGCUCAUCUCGCUUUAUUGGCCAAGGGAGCUGGCGUACAGCUUCCGGGUCAUGUGGCCAGCAUGACUAAGCCGCUUCUGGCGAACCAGUGCAGCGCACCGAAACGCCAUUUACCUUCCCGCUGGAGCGGUACCUAUUUAUCUGCUUGCACUUUGACAUGCUUCAAACUGCUAGGUUGGCAGGAGCAGGGACCGAGCAACGGGAGCUCACUCCGUCACUGGGAUUCGAACCACCAACCUUCUGAUCGGCAAGUCCUAGGCUCUGUGGUUUAACCCACAGCGCCACCUGCAACAACUAAUAGUCAGGGCAUUCUGCCAUUGAUCUUGGAGCUAAUAAAGUCACCACCAUUGUUAGUAGCCAUUCACAGUUACGUCCUCUGUGAAUUUGUGUAGUCUGAGAUAGUUCAAAAUGGGAUUUAGCAUAACUUCAGCAUUAUAAAAAUUUUGCAAGUAGGAUUUAGAAUUCUAGACUGCAGCAAUGGGCUGGCUCCUGGGAAAUCCCCAAAAUUUAAGUUUAUAAGAGAUUCAUUGCAUAUGGCCCAACUGUCCUUAUUUACCAAGAAUGGCCUGUAAUUUUUGUUGCCCAUUCUUCCCUACUUUGUCAGUGUAUUUGCCCUGGGGAUGGGCAUGGCAUGUUAGAAUCUUGCUAUGCAAGGUUUUUUUUCCUAGAAAAAAUGGUGCUGGAACUUGUUGAGUUUUUUUAAGGGACCUUGCCCCUAAAAAAGCUUCUUUUUGCCCACCCGUCCCACCAUUGCACUGCACCAAACCAUCCCUCCGCUGCAUCACUCAACACAGAGUGCUGUGCCAAGUGACGGAAUAUGUGCUGGAACACACCAAAGAGGUACGGGAACUCCGUUCCGGUGAGUUCUGGCUGAAAAAAGCCCUAUUGCUGUGUAAGCCGCAACUCAGGACUCAGCUACAUUAGUAAAGAAAAACCCCCAAUGCUUUGGAUGCAUUAUAAACAUGCAACACCAGAUGGUGACAGAGAGCAAAAAAAAAUUUAUGCAUUUUUUACAUAGCGUUUCUUUUAUUUUAUUAUAAUGAUCUAAUUUCUGACUUAUUUAUAGCGGUUUUUCCCCUGUGUGUAGAUCCAUCCUGAGUCCUUUGUCUUUGUGUGCCGUUCUGCAGGAAGAUGGGGGAGCACAGGUGUGCAUGGAGGUGCAGACCAAUCCUUUUCACUCUCUCUGUGCCAAGCUGUGGGUACAUGAGGCUGGCUUGGGAUGGGCAAAACUCAGGCUCCAGGGCAGGGUUUGCUCCCAGGUUACAGGGCCAGCCCUCCCAUGAGGCAGAAUGAUACAGCUGCCUUAGGCGGUGGAUACUAGGAGAUGUCGGCAUCCCGCCGAUUGCCUUUAAAUGAGGCUGCUCUAGAAUCAUAGAAUCAUAGAGUUGGAAGAGACCACAAGGGCCAUCGAGUCCAACCCCCUGCCAAGCAGGAAACACCAUCAGAGCACUCCUGACAUAAGGUUGUCAAGCCUCUGCUUAAAGACCUCCAAAGAAGGAGACUCCACCACACUCCUUGGCAGCAAAUUCCACUGUCGAACAGCUCUUACUGUCAGGAAGUUCUUCCUAAUGUUUAGGUGGAAUCUUCUUUCUUGUAGUUUGGAUCCAUUGCUCCGUGUCUGCUUCUCUGGAGCAGCAGAAAACAACCUUUCUCCCUCCUCUAUGUGACAUCCUUUUAUAUAUUUGAACAUGGCUAUCAUAUCACCCCUUAACCUCCUCUUCUCCAGGCUAAACAUGCCCAGCUCCCUUAGCUGUUCCUCAUAAGGCAUCGUUUCCAGGCCUUUGACCAUUUUGGUUGCCCUCCUCUGGACACGUUCCAGUUUGUCAGUGUCCUUCUUGAGCUGUGGUGCCCAGAACUGGACACAGUACUCCAGGUGAGGUCUGACCAGAGCAGAAUACAGUGGCACUAUUACUUCCCUUGAUCUAGAUGCUAUACUCCAAUUGAUGCAGCCCAGAAUUGCAUUGGCUUUUUUAGCUGCCGCGUCACACAGUUGGCUCAUGUCAAGUUUGUGGUCAACCAAGACUCCUAGAUCCUUUUCACAUGUACUACUCUCAAGCCAGGUGUCACCCAUCUUGUAUUUGUGCCUCUCAUGUUUUUUGCACCUUGUCAAAUGCCUUGCUGAAAUCAAGGUAGGCUACAUCCACUGCGUUCCCUUCAUCUACCAGGCUUGUAAUUCUGUCAAAAAACGAGAUCAGGUUAGUCUGACAUGACUUAUUUUUCAGAAAUCCAUGCUGACUAUUGGUGAUCACAGCAUUCCUUUCUAGGUGCUCACAGACUGUUUGCUCUGCACCUCCUAAGGUAGUCUUCUUCCUCAGGUACAGUAGAGGGCGAUGCCCCAUUGCCAGUGGUUGAAAGGAGAUUCAGCAGCCAGCCUGGUCAGGUUGUUAGAUGUGAAAGUGGGCAGGGGGCAUCUUGCCCUUCACCUCAGGUUGCAAGUAAAGGGGCUAAGCUCUGCCUCCACAGCUGGAGACAACAAUGCUUCUUGAAUAUCUGGGAUAGCUCAGUCAGCAGAGCAUGAGACUCUUACUCUCAUGAUGAUGGGUUCGAGCCCCACCUAGGACAAAAGAUCCCUGCAUUCUACAAUUCUAUGAACCUUCUAUGGUCUGCAGGGGAAUUCGCUCAAGCCCUCAGAGGAGGGCUCAAGUCCCCUUUUGGCUUCAUAAUUUCCACCUCUCGGCUUUCCUGCCAAGCGUUCUGGUUUCCCUUUCCUUUUGUUUGCCAAAGCCAUGCUGUUUGUGCGGAGUGCAAUGCUCUAAUAAGCUAUUUCAUACCUGCUGCAUCCUGGCAUGGCUGACAAGGAGGAAGGGAGGGGGUUAGACAAUGCAUCUGGAAAAGGUUAUAUAAAAAUAGCAGCAGUGGAAAAAUUAAAAAAGCUCACAGGAGCGAUGAUGUGUGAUUCAGGUACAGUUUUAAAAGGAAAGCUUUGUGGAGGUGUUGGACGGGAAGGGAGGGGGAGAGCACAAAAUGCUCUCAAGCCCAAAAGGGGAGCCUGUUUUUUCCCUACAAUGUGAGUGAGCUGUGGUGAGUCUUUGGCUUGCAUAUUCUCCUCUAUCCUCUUUCAUGCAUAUGGAUGGAAAACUGGAAGCUUCUGUACCUGAUUUUCAACGAAACAGAGUUACCUGUGACAUACAAACACAGGGAACUGUGGUUUGAUGAAACUCUAGUUAGGAAGAGCAAAUGAAGCAGCCAAUUCUAAUCCUUCUAAUCUCCAAACUGGUUAGAGCACAACUUUCUGCAUCCUUGAGCAUUGGCCAUGAUGGCUGGGGCUGAUGGGGGUUGUAAUUUCAAAGAUCUCGAGGGAACCAAAUUGGGGAAGCCUGAACUAGAGUUUGAAGAAACUACAGUUUUCCAAGUUUGGGCAUCAGGUAGAACUGUGGCUUGUUUAAAACCAUAAAUGGAAGCUUCUGAUCUCCUUGUUGCAGGUAUGAAAAGAGGAUCCCUCCAUGUUAUCAUUGCAAUUUUUGCUAGUGAUGUUGCAAGGUAGCAGGUCCAAAAUGUGAACUCUCUCUAGUUCCAAAGGUCUGGCCCAUUUGACAUCAGAUCCACCCCUGUUUGAGUUGGAUCAUACAUUACCCUGUUCCUUCCCCACAACCCUCCCUGCCAAUUUCCCCCCACUUUCCCCAUGCCCCCCCCAAAUGCCUUACACUGAGACAUGAUCUUUUUCACAAGGCUCCACAGAGAGUUUCCUGUAAAGGAGUGACCUUAUGGUGGAAAGCCACUUGGAAAUCACCAUCACCAAAUGAUAGGAAAGACCAUCAUAAAAGAGAGAGGGGGGACACUGAUUUGCAGAACAUUUGCACUUGCAAAUUAUCUGCAUUGAUACAAAGGCACAUGAGCACCCAUAGAGCAAUAAAUAGUGGUAGGUUGGGGGUGGCUUGGUGCGGGUCCACAAAUCCUUCUGAUUGUGCUGUCUGGGGGGGGGGGGUUGUCCUUAUGCCCAACAGUUCCUGAUCACAGGUUUGGAUGGCACUCUCUGAAUUCCACUGAUUCUCCCCUGCAUUACUCUGCUGUGACUAAAACACAGGUGUGGCACAAGAGAGGAGCCUCCCAGUUUGAUAAUGUAUCAGAUUCAGUGCUUAAAUUCUGGUGUCCAGAAAGAUUGUAAUGUGUGUGUUCAUGCGCUUUGGGAAGUGAGGGGACUACCCAGUGGAGAACUACUCAGUGGAGGCUUAACCAUAAGAGCAAAGGGUGUCCUGCCCCACCUGUCUGUCUUCUGUCAUGGGCUGGCUGGAUUCAGAGGAGUGGUGGGAGGCACCAGUGGGGGAACCCCCGAGGGAAGAAGGCACAGAGCCCAGGGAUGGGAUGGUGGGAUGACAAUGAGUGGUCAGAGGGAGACAAAGGAGAAGACUAGGAGGAAGAGGUGUCGGAAACUGAAGAGGUAACAGUUUAGUGAGCAGGAAAAGGCUGCAGUAGGGAGCAUUCCAGAAUCAGAGGCAGAAGUGAAGGUAUGAAGAGGGCAGAGCAAAGACAGACAAGAUGAAGGAGCCUCAGAUUGCUUGGGAAAGGACUGAGGGAGGAGGAGACUUAGAGAACUGUGAGAACACAUUGUGUCAUUGGGGCAAGAGCUACCGGGAAGAGUGGCUGUGCUCAAUAGGCCUGGCCUUUUGAAUAAAGAGUCAUCUUCACUGACACUGUGUGAGUUAUUACUAACUUGCUCCUAGCUCCCGCCCCUGGCAUCUUACAUCCAACUGAGCCAAGGGGGUGGCACUGUCUGUCAUCUUCUUCUUCCUUAGUCUUCCCGUUAUUGGCUCUGGCGCCACCUGCUGUUGGGCUCCCUGUCUUCCACCCUCCCAAUCCCAAAAGGCACCAGCCACUACUGGACUGGCAUGAUGCUAACCUGGGAAGACAGUGAAUGAAAUCUGCGUCUGUAGCAGACAACCAAGCAUGUCUGCUGAAAACCCAGGAGGUUUUCUGUAAGGAGACGGCACCCCUGCAGGCCAGAAGCAAAUAGCCAGUUGACAGGAGAUGCAUUGUCAGCAAAUCUCUUCAGAAGCCCAGUUGAGUAAAAAUAGCAUCACCGAGUGUCCUUGGAUGGACAAGACAUGUGUUGCAUUGCAUCCUGGCUGAAGGGCGGGGAAACACGGCAGUUGGCUUGAGCAGAUGGGAGUGUCAGCAUUUAUCCGAUCCGGCCUGUUAGGGACGAAGGACUGGGCUCUGAAAUCACACAAUGGGUGGCAACGGGAAAUAUGUAAACAUGCUUAGCUUCCACCUAAUCAAUGUGACUUUUGCACUUUGCUGCAAAUUGUGUGUUUUAACAAAUUCUUUCGAGAUCUUCGCUCUCCCUAAGACCUAAUGGGUGGACAGCCUGGGAGGGCUGGUACCUGUAGGCAGGGAAACAGAGACAGGUGAAUGGUCUGAAAGUUCAAUAUAGGCUGUGUGGCAAGUUCCUCACAUUGAGUAUCUAGGCCGCAGUUGGCAGCUUUAGAGGAGCAAGUUGAAUUCUACUCGAAUGCCCGUGGUACUGGGAAGCAUCAGUACCACCCACUGGCCAUUUGUGGCAGCAGUGCUGUGGUGCUGUAGAAAACUGGGAGCGCUGCUUAUUACGGGUUGUGCCAAUAAAAAAUAUAUAGAUUAAAUAGAUAAGAGGGUAGUCUGGCUUGUGGAGAAGAGCAGAUCAGUCCAAUCCAUUUCAUAUACUUAGAGCUGAAACUGAACUUGAACCAAACCUGAAAUAGUUUUUGAUGUAGUAAUGAAUACUAAGUUGGAUAGAAUAGAUGAUCAGAAAGAAAGGAGAAUUUGGAGGUGACACCACAAGAAUGUUUGAAAGAAAUUAAACCCCUAUUCCAAAUUGGCAUAUAGUGACAUAAGCACCCCUGUGAUAGGCAGUGAAGCACCCAGGUCUUAUUCAUUUGUAUUAUUUAAUAAUAAGUGGUUUACAACCCUUAUCAUACAAUACAAACCAUAAAAUAUUGUUUGCUUGAUUCCUUAGUCUUUAUGCCUUUUCAUAUGAAGUAACUUCAGCCUUACAGCAGCAGAUGCAGUUCAGAAUGCUGUGAAGUACCAAGUGGAUGCGAGCAGAACUGGGACAAAUACCAUAGCCCACCUUAAGUGGCUACCCACCUUGAUUCUACUCUCAGGCACCCUGCCAGCCUAUAUCUACUUUAGGGAGGGAUGAGCAGAAGAGUGCUCACCCCCAAAAUGAAUUGGAGCCCACCCCCCCUUGGAGCAGGGCAGGACCAGCAUAGCAAAUGACAUUAGAAACAACUUCAUUUUAGAGCAGGGAAUUCCAAAGCUCUCAUGGGUAUUGGUGUGCCUGCCAGUACCUUCUAUGGUGCCUGUGAAAGUAAAUAUCCCAUCAAAAACCCACAAUGCAUGAGAGACUGUUAGCUUUUCCUGCUUAGUUCCUAUCUGCAUUUGCUAGGCCUCUCCUACAUGCCUCCCACAGUAGCCAUUUUGUGCUGUGCCACACCCCUACAGCAGCCAUUUUGUGACUGGUGCCCUCAGUAUUUUCUCAGAAUUCCAGAUGUGCCCACCGGCUCCAAAAAGUUGGUGACCCCCCAUUUUGAAAGAAGGUAGAGAGGCCCACUGGGUCUGUUUGUGCUUAAGAGCAUGGGAGUUGAUCCCUCCCUAUGAUCCAAGGGAUAAAAAGAUGAUGCCAAUGUAGGAAUGCUCUUUCGAAGGUUGAAAUUAUCCCACCAUUUGAGGCAUUUUCCAUGUUUGCCUGAAACAUAGAAGGGGAUCUGAUUCAUUCUGGGGACAACCAAUCUUCUGCUCAGUCAACCCUAAGGACAACUAUGUAAGUGUUUUGGGGACCAGCAGCCACUACAGUCACCAGGAGGCUUCUCCCUCCCUCUGUCAUAUGAAGCCUCAUUAAGAGGCAAAUCUAUGAACCAGGGUGUCUAUCUAUUCUCCUUCAAAGUGGUUGCAUCUGUAGUUCCUUGUGGAUUGCACAGCUUGCUCCAUUUUAAUUCUGAUUAAAUAUUUAAACAACCUGCUCCUUGACUCAAUGAGCGGUUUGUCUUCCUUGGCAGUUUGCCCAACCAGGGAACCAGGGACAGCCACCAAGGGUCUGAUUUGCAUCUCGCUGAAUGCUAGUCUAAACUUCCAUGGAGCCAGUGGAGUAACAAGAAGGGUGAGGUGUCGAUUGAGGCUGCAGGGUAAGGACUGGGGGAAGGGGAGCUUUCUAUGAGAAAUGAAUGAAAGCUUCCUUGAUAAGCUAAAUCCAACCAGAGAGGAGAUCAGCAUUGUGAGAGGCUGCUUCCAGAAGGAAACAAAUAUUCAUUCUCUUUUAGAUGUGGUUCUUUCAGUUUUGGGGGUCAUAAAUUAACACACACAUGUUCUUAACUGGUUCCAGUUAAGGGCCUAAGAAGAUCAGAGCAAGACUCUCCUGUAAGCCACGGGCUAUUGGAUGCCUUCAGUACCUGCCUUCCUGAAUGUGCAUAGUGAAUGGGCCUAGUUUCAGUUGCUUAGUGCCUGCAGGGUGCAUUUUCCAGUUAUUUAUUUAUUAAUUACAUUUAUGUCCCAACAUCCCUCCAAGGAGCUCAAGGUGGCGUACAUAGUCUUCAUUUCCUCUCCAAAUUAUGCUCACAACAGCCCCAUGAGGUAGGUCAGACUGAGAGACACAAUGUGUGUGCAUUCUUACAACACUUACGUUCACGCCUUGUGAAGCUGCAGGCCAGUCGGUGUUCCUGGGUGUGUAAAUUAAGAACAUAUGCUCCGGGACCAUCCACUGGGGCCUCCUGUGAGAUUUCUUUUUUUUUAUUAUUAUAAGAUAUUUAUUAAGAUUUUCAAGAUAUUACAAUAUAAAAAUAGAAAAAAGAAAAAUACAAAAUAAAAAUAGUUAAAAACAACUCAAUCUUUCCAUCACUUAUUUUUCAUUAGCUUGUUUCCCGGACCUCCUCACGCCUCCCUUUUCUGUAUUCCAGUUCGGUUUGUUGGUUCAGCAAAUCCUUCCCCUCUUUGUUUAUCCUAAUCUUUAAUCUUAAAAUAUUGUAACGUUAAAUUUUUACCGGUUAGUAAUCCAUUUUUCAUAUUCCCUUAUAGUAUUGCAGCUAAAAACCACUUAAUUUCUAUCCAACAUCAUUCUAACAUUCAUUAAUUUUACAAUAUUUCUGUAAAUAAUCUUUAAAUUUCUUCCAAUCUUCUUCCACUGACUCUUCUCCCUGGUCUCGGAUUCUGCCAGUCAUUUCCGCCAGUUCCAUAUAGUCCAUCACCUUCAUCUGCCAUUCUUCCAGAGUGGGUAGAUCUUGUGUCUUCCAAUACUUUGCAAUAAGUAUUCUUGCUGCUGUUGUGUCUUGUGAUAUUUCUCCUACCCCCAAAAGGCGUCAUGUAGAACUAACGCUGUGCCUGUUCUUUUCUUGGUAGAAUUAAGGCUGCUUCAGGUGUGAAGAUAAUAGACAUCCGAGUCAGUGAUCCGGACCAGUGGGGAGUUCAACAAGACGUGGACAAUGGGAGGACACAGACCACUGCCACCAUUGUAUGUGAGCACAUCAAUCCAAAUGCAGAGAGCAG